AUGGGGAAGGACCAGGAACUGCUGCAGGCGGUAAAGACCGAGGACCUGCUCACCGUGCAGAAGCUGCUGCAAAGGCCCCGACCAGGGAAAGCAAGUAAGACACUGUCCUUCUGCUCCAUCAUUUUCUACCGCUUUAACAGCCCAUAACACCUUUACUGCAACCCAUCCCUCAAUGGUGGUGUGGGGGUAUCUGUCACAUACCGUUACUGGCUACCAGGCCCAACUGAGGAUGAUGUAAAUGUGUGUGUGUGCGUGUGUACGCGCGUGUGUGAUUGAGAGGGCGGGAUGGAGAGAGAAAGAGAGAGAGAGGAGGGAUUGCAUGCAUCAGGGUGUAUCAGGGGAGAUUAGUGGUGUGAUUGAAGACUGACAGCCCAUCUUUGAGACCCCUGUCUAAGUGCACUGCAGCAGGGGGGAGAGACAGUGGGAGGAAGGAAGGAGGGGAGAAAGAGAAGUGUGGUUCUGGAUGAGACCCUGUCUCACACACAAGAGCUGAUGCCGAUGGCCUUUUGAUUUCUAAGGUCUAACAUCACCUCAAAUGGCAAAGGAGAGUUGCAUACUCAGGGAUUCAAGUACAUGGAUGGUUAAAAGUGAGUGACACUAUUCUGUGUACUGCUUCCUCUGCUCUGUAUGACUCAAUGCUUUUCUACUUGUUUAAUUUCAGCAAGCAAUAUAGCACUACAGUAUCUAACAAUGUUUUGCUUCCACAGCCCACUCUUAUGUGUGGGCAAUUCAGAGAGAAGCCAGCAAGGGCUGCAGAUAGAUCAUUCUGUAGAGGCUGUAAGCUGCCACAGUGAUACUUCUGCUGACAAAUAACUUGCUAAUAUAGUUAUCAGCAGACAAGGACAGAUGCUGCAGGAGCGCAACUGCAUGCAUUGCAUUUUUUGCAGAUGCGAUAUAAAUCAUAUUAAUGCUCAGACGCAGAAUGUAAUUGAUGUUUAAUGUGUAUUCAAAACAACGCCGUUUACUAUGAUGUGGUUUGAGUCAGGCAGGUUGGCAGUAUCUGACCCAUUGCCCUCUAUGCAGCAGGUGGGCUUCGUCUGAAUAACAGGGGGUGGUGUUAAUGAAAAAAUAUGAUUCCCUAAUUAAACCUCUCAUGGGUGUGAUGAUUGUAUGGGAAUUAUUGAUCAAAGUCACAGCGCAGUCGUUGUAAAAAUGGGCUGAAAUCACUUGGACUAAAAAUAUCAAGCCCACCCAUGCAGGUGUUUCCAGUUAAUCAGGCUAAUUAAACCUCCACCACACCUGCAUCAGGCCUUUAAUUAAACUUUUAUAUACCCCCAUCGCAAUGCUGGUUAAAUUCAGGGUGCCGCAGAAGUCAUCCGUCCUCUUUGAGUUGAUUUAUUCCUGAAUAGACCUACAGGGGGAAAAAGACACGUGAAAGGUCAAUGAAUCACCAUCAGUCCAUCACAUCUGUAGGGGAGAGUAGGGUAAGUUGAGCCAAAGGGUAAGUUGAGCCACCCCUUGUUGCUUGGAAAUGGUAAAAGAAAUUGAUCAUGUGACCAAAUAUUUAGGAGAUGGGCAUCAAUUCAUGGAGCCUGUGAAGAUUAGAAGCACAUGGGUGAAGGGGUUAGACAUUUAUUUACAAAAAAACAUCUUUUACUCUUGUUGUUGAUCAUAGGAGACCACUUUUUUUGGCAUGCUAUACUAUCAAGACAGUUAUGUUUACACUCAUUCUGUUGGUUUUGCAGGGAUGAACAACAUCUUGAAAUCGAUGCAGAUACACUAGUUAGAGACAAAACUAUGAUCGUCUUGAUGUAGUGAUCUGAAAUAUAAAAAAUGUCUCAUCUUACCCCACUCUCCCCUAUAUGAAACUCUAAAAAUGACUUUAUUACUCAUUUCAAGUUAAGUUUAGCAUUUGGUGGCAAACAAAGACUACCUGUCUUUUAUAGGACUUGCUUUGUACUGAGCUAGCUUGAUACUGCACACUACACCGACGGCAAAGCUCACUCUGCAGGAUUCUGUAGAGUACAGCACAUGGCCUCAAAACAGUUUGUAGGAGUCAGUGGGGUGCACUGCACUAUUGCACUCUACAGGCAAUAGUGGAGCAGAUCACAUACGGGAAACCCAGAGGAUUUAAGAUAGUCAGCAGACUUGUGAAAAUACAGACAUUCCUUCGCAUAAAAAGGGGGCUGGUAGGGUCUGGGUAAUUCAGACACGGCCUAUAAUAGUGUCUGUGGUGCUCAAAGGAAUAAAUUAUGUGCAAAGCUUGUCACAAAAUGAACUUUAGGCGACAGCAAAGUGCACUCCAGAAUCAGGCCACUCUCAGGCUACUAUUUAGUGCAUCAAAUACAGAUGGCAGGUAAGCCAUUGGACUACAGUGCACAUGGCAAUGAAAGCAAUGUAGAGCUUUGAAUUCUGCAUGAAAAAGAAAAAAACACAUGCUGCUUACCAGCAAAAUGUAUUAAAAAGCUGCUAGAAACAGUAUGUACUUUUCUGCUAUUAUAAGCUUUUCCCUUAGGGUAAAAUAAAUAUUUCUGUUCAGAACAGUUGAGGCAAAACAAAUUAAAAAGUGGAAGCCACACCAAGAGAGGAUGGAUAAUGAAGAAACAUGACAAUGAUGCAUUCUGGUUCAUAUAACCCAGUAUUAGUCACCUGUAUGAGGACGCUCUGGUUCAACCUGAUGGCCGGAUCAGAGAUAUGAAUCAAGCUGUAACAAGUAUGGUAAACAGAAAGAACAUGUCAGAGUAGAUUAAUGUUUAUAGCGCUUUUAUUUUGCUUGCGUUUGAAUGUUUUCUUAUACUGCAUACUGUCCUCUAUAACAGUGGUUCUCAAGUCUAGUCCCCGAGGCCCACUGUCCUGCAUGUUUUGGCUGUUUCCCUGCUCCAACACACCUGAUUCAAAUGAUCAGCUCGUUAUUAAGCCAUUACAGAGCUUGAUAACGAGCUAAUCAUUUGAAUCAGGUGUGUUGGGGCAGGGAAACAUCCAAAACAUGCAGGAUAGUGGGCCUCAAGGACUUUCCCUUUAGAAAUAUAAGUUUAACCAAGCAGCAACCUUGACAAAAGUUGCAUUCAUGAUAAGUGGGCCGUAUAUAUUCGCCUGGUACUCCUGUUGCUUCAUCCUCCCCUAUGCACUUGUGUUUCUUAUCAUAUUUAAUGGAGCAGCAUGCAUGUCACCAUCAAUCAUUCGUGUGGCAUCUAAUGACACAGGCCGCCAUCACUCCUCAAUAAACAGUUAAUCACUAUUCAUCAUCCUCACAUUACUGGCUCACUCCAUCACUUUACAGCCACAUCUAUAACUUACACUUUUGUGUGCGUGUGCUGAAAAGGCCGUCUGGCUCUGAAUGAAGGUUUAGCUCAGCUGUUUAGCUUUGGCCUUCAGCGUCCCCUUUUUUCCAAAUCCUGUCAGUCUGUGGAGCAUCGCCCUGCCUUUUUCAGCAUCACACUUUAGCCUGUCUUUGAGUAACUGACAGCUGGCGCCUCACAAAAAGUUGCACUUUGUAAAAUUUCAUCCGUGUCUAAAACUGGUUUUGUUUUAGUUCUUGAAAAGCUGAGUGUUUUGGGGGAUUGGCUUUAAGAGUGUCUGCUGGACACUGAUAUUACAUGAGGCGCACCAUGAUCUGUUCUUUCUGCAACAUAAUCGCCCAAAACAAAAACAAAAAACCAAACAGGGCAGACAAAAACAGCUAGGCAAUAAAGACAGAGUGAAGCAGAGUCCCAGACAAACAGCAGGGAGGUGUAACGCCAGGCUGAUGUUAACACAGACCUGUUUGUCAUCUAGCAUUAAACACAAGGCUCGCAGGACAGAUGUGUGUGUGCAUGCCAGUGUGUGAGUGAGGUUUGUGGUGGCAAAGACUAGUGGUUGGAUUGUGUAAGCGAAGCUGUACAUACAUGUAGAAGCUGGUAGGGUAUGUGUGUGUGUGUGUGUUAAAUGGGGUCUGGCAAAGGCCGUGCCCUGCUGCAACUCAUUUACCGUCACCCAGGUCAGACAGACAUUCUACACAGAUUCACCUGCACUACAGACCCAAACACACACACACACACACACACUUCUACACACUCAUGCAAACACAUCUGCUGCCAUCUGGAGAGUCACCAUCAGUUUGCUGUGAAUGUCCCCCCUGUGCACGUGGUCUCAGACGAGGUCAUGAGUGUGUUUGUGUACAUGGAGCAGACCUUGAGUGUGACUGAGGUCUGUGUUUGUUAAUGGGCUGUUUCAGCGUGUGUGUGUCGGUGGGGGCGGUGUAAUCGGUAAUGGUGGUUGUUUACUGUGUCUCAUUAAAAGCUUUGUGCGUGUGUGUGUGUGCAUGUGUGUGUGUGUAUGUGUGAUGUAUCAGUAAAACGGUUCGACUUUAACCUCUGGCACACUACCCCUCCUCUCUGUUUUCUGCCAUAAGAGACUGACAUAUGCUUCCAUUGCCACACAUCACUCUCUGCCUCCUUCCUCUUCUUUCUUUGAAGCCAGGAGAGAUGCUAAUGCUCGAGGACCGUUCUAGAAACAAACCCCCUGUCCCUCUCUCUCUCUCUCUCUUUCUUUCUCUCUCUCUCUCUCUCUCUCUCUCUCUCUGUUGAUGUGCAAGGCUGGCAGAGGAGUAGAGCAGAUGAUUGCAUCCACACCAGUGCACAUUCACAAUAGGGCAUGCAGGCAGGCAGACAGAGAGGAAGCUUCACAUACUGUCAGCCACAGUCUUCAUAUUGCUCAGCUGUACUCUGUCACAAACUUUACGCCUUCGUUAGGAGACAGCUCGUCAGGGACAAAGAUGAAUCUUAAAUACCUGCAAAGAUUUUUUUGUUGAAAUGCAAAAGCUGUGAGCCUUAAAGGUACUGUGGGUAACUUUUGGUGCCCCAUGGCCAAAGAUGUAAAUCUAUAAACUUUGCAGAUUUCAUUCUGUACUAGAGAUGUACCGAGUAUUGGCCGAUACUGAUCCAAUACUACUGUUGAAUGAAUGAACUGUAUACUUUGCCUUGUGAGUGAAGGCGUCAGGCUUGACAUUAGUCGUGUUAAAAAAAAGCUAACAAAUUAACACAGAUAUGAAUUUACUAAAUAUUAUUUAAUAACAAAUAACCAAAUGCACAUUAGCACACAGUAAACAUUUAGUGCAGAAGGAUAGACAGACAGAAUAUAGAGCGAACAGAAUCGCUGUGUUGCUGUGUCUGAUAUUAAUUAACAGAAAAAAAAGAUGGUAUCGGAACGCUGGAUCAGCAUCAUUCAUCAGGUAUCCAAUCCAAUAAUCUGUCAGUAUCGGAGCCAAUAUUCUGUACAUGCCAAGGUGACAUUUUCUGACAGAAAAUCAUAACUAUACUUUUAUCUGAUUUACUGGAUUAAAAAAGAAGUCUGUCCUUUUGUGUGGUUUCAGACACUCAGAUUUACAAAAGGAAUAGGAAAAUUAUCCGCCGUGAUGCUGGUGAUUUCCCUUUCCUUUUAUCCAGGUGUUUCACAAAACAUUACAAACUCUUCACGGCGACUUUAACAAAGCAGAAAUCCAAAAUUGAGCAAAAGAUGCUAAAAUGCUUUUCAAGAGUGGAAAGAAACUGCUAGAAAAUUGAGUCAAAAUUACACUUGAAAUCAUGUUUGUGAGCUGGUUGUAUAAAACCUGCGGUUCAAGUUGAAUGUACAGUAGAUCUGUUGUGAUACAUUUACUAUUGUGCAAUAUCUUUUCAUGUUUUGUUGAAUUGACUAAGAUCCUGCAGUGAUUAUUAUCCAGUGCAUGCAUAAUGAUCAUACCAAGACUGAUGGGUAUUUUUUGGAUAAAAGAUAAGGUUUAUAUGAAACAGCUGCAGUGUGUGUGGGGGUUUACUUUCGUAUAAUUUCAGAAGACCUUGAAAACAUCACAUAGAAUGUAGGGGGUUUUCUGAUAGCAGCAAGGCCGCUCGUCAAAGCAGACAAAUUGGACCUUGUUUAUGCUGACACUAAGUUUAUUCUUAUAAUCUACUUGAAAUAUUAAACAUCUCUGUUUAUCUUGCAAUGAGGAAAACUGAUGAAAUGCUUCAUUCAUUAGUAAAGAGUGUCACAGCAAGUUGAUCGAGAGCACCUCUGGUAAUUCAUUUCAAGUAUACUAAGAUUCAGUUUUAUGGAUUUUGAAUUUUAUCUUGAAAAUUUUAUUAGAAACAAUAAAUUUGAGAAAGUGGAGUAUUGCCUGGCUGAGUUCCCUGCACUUUCCUCCAAAACAUCAUCACUCAGCUCUCUGCUGACUGCCUCCAUGAUUGAAUUACAGAACAGAUAGAGGAGGAAAGGAAAGGUGUUGGGAUAUUUGUGUGAAAAAAGGUAUAGCGCUCAAGAAAACAGAAACAGGGAGCGGGAGGGAUAUAAAAGGAAAAGAGGUGGUUUUUUUAUUUGAUGAGCAGGUAGGAUGAGAGGGGGAGGGGCGAUGAUAGGCUGAACAUGAUGAAAGAGAGUACAAGGGAACGAGUGAUGAAACAGAAGAAGAGCUGAACAGCAUCAUUUCCACCUCACUUUUAUUGCAGACUGCUAUGCAAACAUGAUGCCCUGCAGUCUCUUUCUCCUACACACACACAAGCUCAUCUGCACAAAGUAACGCACCAAAAACCAUAUAGUUUAAUGGGUCACUGGCUAGUUCAGGGAGAAGACGAGAGCAGUGCAGGUGAGGAAAUGGGAGGAAGGGAGGAAGGGAAGAAAAAGAAACACAGGAUGGGGAAGCAAAUCAUAGGGUAGGAUAGAGGAAACAGCAGGAGGUGGUAUAAGAAAGAAAGGAUUAGGAAAGAAAGAGGAGAAGAGGACAGCGUUGGAAGUUUUAAAUCGCUAAUUGACUGAAAAGAAGAGAGGAGAUAGAGAGAGAGAGAGAGGAAAAGGCAGAGAGAAGUUGGUUCAGGACAAUACAAGACUGUAAAGGGGAGGGAAAUAAAAAUGAAGGAGAGAAACAGUCAAGACAGAGAAGGAAAGGAAAAGAAAGAACGGGAAAAGAAGGGAAAGAUAAAGAAUAAAAAGGACAGGGAUAUGUGGGAAAGAACAGAAAAGGAAAUUACAGAAAAGUAAGGAAGAAAAGGAAACAGCAAAAGGAAAGGAAAGUAAGUUAAAGAGGUAAUGUUAGAAAAAAAAAGAGAGAAAGAAAGCAAAAUGAGGCAAACACUUAUAGAGGUGAUAAUAAGGAUGAGCAGGAAAAAGGGGGCAGAAGAAGAAAAGCGGCACAUGUCUGAGGAGGUGUUUACUGAAGGUUAACAGUGAUUGUUCUCAGUUUCACUCCACUGUAGCCCAGUGUAGACGAACAGUAUUAGAGGUGAAGGGGAGUCAGGGGUUUAGUCUUGAAGGAAAGACCACCCACCAAAUAAAAAGGGCAGCGGGGUGGGACCUCCCUCGCUCUAUCAGUCUUCAUUAUAGAUGUGGCAUUAACCACCUGCUGCAGUGGCUUAUAACCUGCACACACACUCGCACACAUACACAGUCAUGGCACUGGCACAGGGAGGUACAGACUGGAAUUAUCAGCGUGUGUUGUUAUUGUUGAGACAUAAGUCUGGCACUGCAGACAGGGGACAAAAGUCGUUAGGUUCACACACACACACAUUGAUAUAAAACACAUGCGCACAGCUUAGUAUGCAAGUCAAUCUCCUGCAGACAUGAGAUUUCAUUCUCAGAGAUGUCAAGGAGGAAAACGGAUAAAAACAGAAAGAGAGACAAGAGACAGCUGAGCCAUGUCGUUUGAGAAUUUUAUGUAACUAAUACAGAAGCUGCAUGCAUGCGUGCGUGGGUGUGUGUUAGCUCGCAAAGGUGUGUGCGCUUCGGAUUGCGACUGUGCUUUUUCAUUGCAUUGCAGGAUUUUCCCACUCGCACCCUAAAUCCAUAACACUGAGUGAAUUUUUAUUGCUUCAGGUGCAUGUUGAAGCAGCUAAUAAAGGCAGGAAAUUAUGCAUUUCUUCAGACUCAGCUCCUAAACGUACACUGACAUAGUCCAGACAAGGGUUUUACUGUACUCUACGUGAGAGGCUCUCAGAAAAUGUUCUGCCUGCUCCAACAGUGAAUACAUUUAGCAUCGCCUUGGGACUUUGUGAAUGAAUGCUGGUGCUCUUGCUAUGUAAGCCACUAAAAGCAGGGCAGUGACACAGUUUGGGGGUGGAUUCACGGCUUGGGAAAAUGUAUCGCACUCUGACACACCCUUAAGUCCCUCCAGACAAAGUUUCUGGAAGUGAUUUCUGGCUGAUUUCUAACAUUUGCUUAACACUACAGGUUGAAUAUCAGACUGUGUCUUGGCUUCAAUUUUCUGGUCUGUUGAUCUUGUUGGCUGAAACAACCAGCUUGCUUAAUUGGGCUAAUGUUAGCUUUUUAAUUCAGAAAUAAUAUCUUCGCCUGGCUUAUCUGUUUUCAGCCCUUUGAUAUUCUCUUUACACACAAAAUCAUAUUAAGAAGCUGAAUCUAAAGCUACAUGCCCUCGGCAAUAACAAAGUUUUCUUGUUCCAAGUGGAAGAAAUGCAAAUAGUGUCAGCAUUAUUCUUAGACUGCAGCGUGUGACUAUGAUUUCAUAACCCUGUUUUACUCAACAACUUCUCUAUAUCCAAACUUAAUGUGAAUAACCUGAAAAUACUUCACUCAAAGAAGUUCUUUGCUCUCUGUUUAUCUUGUCUUGAAUGAUAACAGGAUGAAGAAUAUGCUGUUUGAUUUCAGAAAACUGUAGUCCAAUCAUCAACCAAAAGGCCUAAUUCUGCGUUCGAGUACCUCGGAAGUCAGAAGUCCGAGCAGAAAAUGACGUCACUUCCGAGUUACCAGUGUAAAAUCGGAGGCGGAAACAAGAUGGCUACAUCUUCGAAAGUUAUUUUAGUGCUUGCCUUGUCUUAAUAUAAGGUAAGCACUAGAAUAACGUUCGUAGAUGUAACCAUUUUGUUUCAGGCCUCCAAUUUGCUUUUAUCCAACUUUGUAUGUGAAACGCUGGGAACUCCGGUCCAACAUUUGACUUCCGAGGUAACUCAAACGCACCAUAAGUUACCUUGUUCAUGCCUGUAUACUCUCAUUGUAGCAUACCACAUGAAUGCAUAAGCUAAAUUCAUCAAAUAAUAUGCUAAUUUGGUAUAUUAUUUGAUGGUAUAAUGUUAUAAUGUUUGCUAUUAGCCCAAGGAGCAAACAUACUUUAUCAAAACGGUCAGUAAUUUAAAAGAGAAACUUUUACUGAAAACACAUCAGACACAUAUUAACAGUUAAUGUCGUUUAAAUGAUUAAAUAUGUCUGAAGAGGACUUCAAUCAUUAAUGUCAGAAUGAGGACAAGCUUGAAAUUUUUGAAAAUAGUGUUUUAUUAUUACUGAGAAUGAAACAAACUUUCUAAAGUUCAGUAAAGAGUGAGCAGUUUGUCAGAUUUGUGGAGACACUGAAGAUUGAAGCUCAAAUUAGAGUUGGUAUCAGUUUCUUACACUCUGAAACUCUAGAAAAUAACCUUGGAAACUACAGUCUGGCUCCACCAGGUCUCUGUAUCUCAACAUCUGUCAAAUAUGGCUGCCGGUUAAUGCCGCUGUAUUCAAUAACAUCACCAUUAGCUGUGACAAAAUAUCUGCACAGCUUUGUGUGCAUGUGUAUGUGUGUGUGCAUCCUGAUACAGAAAGCAGAGACCUAAGACCAGAAGGGACAGGCUUGCAGGACAGAUGUUAAGUCUCGACUAGUGUGUGUAUUUGCAUGCAUAUGUGUGUGUGCAUGUACAUAGACAUGCAUGUGUGAUCCAGUGGUUGGACAGAUGUUGUGUGUUGGAUUGGCGCCCACACAGCUGCAGAUUUACUAAAGGUUUCAUAUAAUGUAAGUGACCUGUGAGACAGGUUCGUGUUUUAAGUGAUUAAGUCUGUACGUGUUUACGUGUGUACAACACUUGAUGGAUGGUAUCCACAUCUGGCAUUUAUAGUUUUUUCUCACUGCCGGCUAUAAGAUACAGUUUGAACCCAGGGGGUACGAGUGUUAUUUCUGUGUUUUGACAUUUUCUUCAACCUUCAUCAACCUCAUUUCAUGCAUAGAAACUGAGAAGCUGUGCCCUCCGCACUGAUAGUUAUUGUGGGACAACCCCUUCUAGCUUUAGCCCUGCAGGACAAACAGAGUAUCCUCAUGGUUUAACAUCAGUGCAGCAGCCUCACAGCAAGUGCAUCUGUGCAACUCGAUUCAGCUGUUUCUACUGAUAAUCAUUUUGAUUGAAGAAAUCUCAUAAAAAGUUGAGCAGUUUCGUCAUACUGCUCUAAUAUUACACUGAGAUCCGGUAAUUGUUUUACCGAACUGUAAACAAGGUCAGAAAAGUGAAACAAAAGCGCCAAUUCAGGUUUCUAAUCACGAGUUUCCCCUCUUUUUUUCUCUUUUUUUUGUAAAUUAAAGGAGCAUUUACCCCUUUUUUUAAAAUAUCUAUUCGAUGAGCCAGCUUUUGGUUUCAGAUUAUUUUUUACACAUUUGGGACCAGGUAUCCGUCCAAAUGCUAGGAAAGGUCAAGGAAAUGAAAUAGCUUUUCAGGAUCAUUUAACUGUAAGAUAAUUUUUAAUGUAUUUAUCCUGCUGUUUUUGAAAUAGCAACAUUUUUCCCCCCUUGUUGUUGGGGUGGGAAUCAGUAGUGGCCCUAGGAAUUUUAACAUUUUGCAAUACAGUGAGUAAUGUGAUACGAUAUAUUGUAAUUUAUCAAAUUUUUUCAGCUGUUGAGCUAGUCUAGCAUUUGUGUUUCCUUUAUGUUUGUCUUUUUUACACAGUAUUUUAUUUUCAUGGAGCACAUCUUGCAAACCUCAAAUCCUGCUCCAUGAUGUCACCUCUGCCAACCUCACUGGACAAACAGUUGAUUUAAUUUUUUCAUUAUCAAAGAUUUGACUUCAUAUUAACAGUUAAUUUGAAAAAUUAAUACUUGGUGAUUAAGAUGAUACGAUAUAUCAACAGACAAAAUAUCACGAUACUAUGCUGUAUCGAUUUUUUCUCCCACCCCUACUUGUCGUUGUGGUGUUUAAAUGUCUUAUGAAAAACAGUCUUCCAUAUUUUGGUAAAGCUUGCAGAAACUGAACGAAAUGAUCUCUUCAAGAGAGAUUUAGAUAUAAAAGCCUCUUUUUCCUCAUUUCUGACUCAGACUACUAUCAACACUAACUCAACAGAUUGUCAAUUUACUGUUUAAGGUUGUGUUUUCAGGAGAUAGAUGGGGGUGUUUGUAAAAGCACAAACCCAAACAUUUCUACCUUUCAGCCUGUGAAAUCUCUCUGCCUCUCAUGAUGGUUCAGGGGAAGAUAUCUGGGUCAGAUUUAUUUUCCAGGAACUCUUCUAAAAUAUGCGUAAAGGCUCAUGGUGAGAGAUGAUCAGUGAACUUGCGACUGGAGGACAUUCAGACCAUCUGAGCCCAAUUCUCUGAGCAGCUGGGAAACUUGAGCAUUCGAAGUGAGUGUGAAGCCUCUGUCCUCCCUCAUGAAAAGAAAAGAAGAAAAGAAACAAAUCAACCAGGGGAAGGAUAAAAUGUUCAGUAGGAAUCUUACUCUUGGUGUAUUUUGGUGUGUCACAGUUGCCUUCCUUUCAACUGAUCUAAGACCAGCUGUAUCUGUGUUUGUUAGUACGGUUGCAUGGAUCAUAAAUUCUCUGAGGAUCUUUCGUUUGCACUGCCUGCAUCCAUCUUUUCCUGCAACGUCUCUGUUUCUUUCGCUCACCCCCGCCCCGUUACUCUCUUUCUACCCAAUGAAUCAGUCUGGCCGGCAGUGUGUCGCUGUCAGAGAGCCACGGAGGGUGAUUAGUCAUUUCAAACAGAGCCAGGAUCUGGACGACCCGAGCUGACAGCAGGAAAGAAGGACAGGUUCUGGAAGGUUCCACCACAGCAGCAGCAGCAGCAGGAGCAGCAGCUGCCCCUUCAGUCUGAUCUUUUUCCCUUUGUCGAUGAUUUCAGUGUUUUCAAACGGGAUGGGUUGAGAAGGACACGUGGCAAAGGUCACAGAUGACAUUUUUUUCAUUAGAAAUUUCAUCCAGAUGAGCCACAGUGAUUAUUCAACAUCUAUUGUGUCUUCUCAGGAGGAGCAUGUUCUUGUUGGUUAUUUGUGUUUGUAUCGUACGAUUGCUCUGUACACAUUAUGUAGACAUGCAUUCUUUAUAACACUUUGUCGACAACUCCUUUAAAUGCUUGUCUGAUGCUGUGAUAGUGUGACUGCACUCUUUUUAAUCAAGGACAUCUGAUAUUUACGAUUUCAAGUUGGACCCACUCUUUAUUGAGAAAUACAGAACGGAUGAUUUUAAGCAGAUGUGCAGAGGUAGGUGGUGUUACUGAGGUUACAUGGUGACUGAGCAAACACCACUGCUGCUUCUCUCAUUUUGUUAUUGAUACUUUGUUGUACUUAUCAUUUAAAAAGAGGGAGCGAGGAAACCUGAUCGACAAAAUAACACAAUACCUGAGGGUCUGACUCUGUGCUCAUGCUACAUUUACAGUGAUUUAUAUAGACAGUGGACAUUACUUUCAGCAAGGCCAGGGGGGGAAAUGAUGCGGCAGAAAACAAGAUUGGCAAAAAAAGUAUUCUUUCCACAUCAUCUGACUCAUGACUGACUAUAUCAAUAAAUUAAUGCCAAUUCAUUAUUAGAAGGCAUCUGUACAAAGGCUAAAAUCAAAUUUCAAACGUUGAUAUGGUGCUGGAAACUUCUCAGGACUUUUGGCUGCACAGGAGAAGAUGAAAUCCUAAAUCUGACUUUGAUUAUGAACGGAAAAGCAUGUGUGUCAAAAAUAUGAGCAGACAUGAGCUUCUCUGUGCAGCAUGUCUGUUUCUAGUAUCAUAUGUGUUCAGUUAACUCACUUCCUUUGAUCUCUUUGCUACAGUGGGUGUUAUUGACCCUCGGCCAAUCAGACGGUUGUUUUGCAGCGUGACAGCCAAUGGGGGAGAAGUUGUAGCAUCACUAAGCCAAUGAGCUCUGUUGUUUGUGUGUUCUGGCUUAUAUAGGCUGGUUGUAAGUACACAGCUGUUCAACACAUGCACAACAUGUGGCUUUGGCUCUGCACCAUACAUAGGAGUUGAGACUGAGUGUGAGUGCACAUAAGUGUAUGUGUGUGUGUAUGUGAGUGGGUAUAUGAAUGAUACCAAACCCACUCAAGCCAUGCCUGGUUCUGGUUUCAGUUUCCUACAUCUCUUUCAUCCCUCCCCCUCUCCUCUCCUCUGUUUUUUUUUUCUUUUUUUUUGUUUCUGCUCUCACUCUCUCCUCUCUCUUUUUCUGGAGCCAUCGCCAUGGCAACAAGCAAGCAGUGCAGGGCCAGGAAAUAUCUGGAUCAUCUAUGUUUUUUCCAACUCAGAGCUGCAGGGUCCAGUCAGACACUUAAGUCCUGUGCGGUGCAUUUUUUUGUGUGAGAGUGUGUGUUGUAGUAUGGGAUUACACCACAAUCUGACAAUAUGGAUUAUCACAGCAGACAGACUGGCCUUCUGGCUAUUAUAUUUGAAGUUUUUGUCUUUAUAUUGUCUUUUUUCUUCAUUCCUAAACUUUUUCACCUUAAUCAUCACUGUCUGUCCUCUUUCUCCUCAUCCUCUUGCAUAGACCCUCAUGUCCACCUCUUUCGUUUCUGUAUCUAUCUUCCUUCCCCUUCCUCUCCUGCCUCUAAUCUUCCUUCGCUCCUGCCUCUUUUUCUUUCCCUCCCCCCUCACCUGACUUGCCUCCUCUCAUGCAUCAGUUAUGUAAAUCUCUCACCUCACCCUCAAGGUGGAUGAGAAAUUCCUUUCACGUGCUUUCCCCUCUAAUCACUCCUACUCUGGAGACUCUGAAUUUUCAACUCCCUCUCUAUUACUCUCUCUCCACGCACCCCCAAACUGGUUAAUGAAGUAGGGGAACCCUGGGCCCCCUAUGUGUGCUACUAUGGUUGCAGGGCUGAGUGCCAGUAGGGGGGGAAGCAGUGGGUGCUAAGUGGGUAGUGAGAAAAGAGAGUUUAGUUGAGUUCAGCGCAGUUGUAGUUCCUCUUUCAUCAAUCUGUUCAUUUGGAUUUGGGCUGCCUUACAUGCACAAAAUGUAUCACAGCAGGCUUAUUAAUUAUUAUUAUAUAUUUUACUUUAAACUGGACAGAUAGACAAUUUAACAGUAAGUCAAUAAAAGGCAAGAAAAGCUUUUAUUCAGCGCUCUAAUGUGGAAGGUGUAUUUUGUGAAAGAUUAAUAAUUCAGAUGAAUAAAUGUUUGCAAAUACUGAACCACUGUGCCAAACCCUGCUGUGCAUGAAAGAUACUUGAAAAGUCUUGUUUUUAAAUCACUACACUAGGUCUACAUUAAAGAUCAGAAACUUAGAUUUUUUUAGAGUUGAAGAAAACAUCCUGCCCUACAUGCUGGAAAUAGUCUGGUCUACAGAGAUUUCAACUCGUUGCAGGACAGACAGAAGCUGCAGACACAGGUACAAUCAAGUUAUUGUUCUCUAUGUAACCCUACCACUUUACACACCACCCUGGUCCCCACAGUCACCUCACUCCUUCUCUUGUUUACCCUCUAAGCUUAAGUCACAUUCACACACAUAUAUGCAGAGCGUUUACCUAAGUUUGAACCGAGUUACAUCAUACGAGUGCAUAUAUUUAACAAAAACACAACACAAAUGAAUACAAACCAUAAAAAUCCGUUAGAAAAGCCUCCAAAGCUUUUCAUUGGCUCGUCAGGCAGGAAUCAAUGAGACACUGAAUGGUUUGAAAACUCAGACAAAGGGGAAAAGAGCGAGAAGCACCAGAGCACUCAGGUUUCAAAGAUUUCAGUGCGCUGUUUUAACUCGGGGUAUAUCAGUUUGAAAAGGCUACUUCAAUCACUUCAAACCACUCCAAACCUCAAAUGGAAAAGUCUAUCGUCUUUUCUUUUUGCGUGCUUUUCAAUGCGAUCGGCUUUAUAUAAAAGAUGCACCAAGUACAAAAAGUGUUCAGUUCAUGACUGUGUGCCAAAAACAAAAUCAACCACUUUGCCCGGUGUUGUAUUUGGAUCCAAAAAUCUAAUAUUGUGACAACUCUAGUGUGGAGGCAGAUUUUUGAAAUUCUAAGUUCACUACCUGUGUGUUUUAUUAUCAUAUUCUGACUAUUCAGACUUUACAUCAGACCCAUAAUUAUAAUAAAUGACCCAAUAGUUAUUACUUUUCAAUGAACUGGAAGAAUGUGGAGAGCCCAUUUUCAUUUGAACAUCCCAUGAGUCACACGCUUGUUCUCUUUAUGCGAGUUAAAUCAGCUCUGCUCUAGCGUUGGUCGUCUCCUAAUGGGUAGGUUGUGGGUUUGAUCCCAGAUCCCAAGUGUUCUUGGGUGGAAUCAAGUAUGUUCUUGGAUACUCGAUCCCACCAGCGCUAAAUUUGCUGAGAGCCCACCUUCUUUAAAAGCUGUUUUUGAUGCACAGUGGUCUGUUGGCUGAUGCUGACCACCGGCUAGCUUAAUGGUGGGUCUUCAUCUGCAGUGGACGUACUGCAUUAUAACAAGGUGUCUAAGCCAAGUAGUAAACAUCACAAGCUGCAAGGUUGCAAACAAACAUUUGAUCAGUUCUUGGUGUUUCUUCAAAAACUGAUGAAUGCACAUAUAAUCUACCGGAGUGUCAGACUCUGUUUCUGUUGGGACUGUGUACUGCAAAGAUGGUGUACAAACUUGUUCGUCAGUCUUGUUUCACCAAGCCCCACCAUUAGAAAGUUGCAACUCCUAAACUAACUUGCUUCAAACACAUUUCAUUAUAAAAUUUUGCCAGAAAAAUACACCAGAAUUUAGAAAAUUAAGCAUCUGACGCUCAAAUUUUCAGCUCUUUUAUGGGUACACAAGAUUUUAGUACAAAGCACCAUUAGUGCGCGCUAAAAUGCUGCAUUAGAGGUAGGCUCAGGGGUCUUUGCUUGGUGUAAGUGUCUUGCUGGGCUAAUUCAAGAGUUCUGUCCUUCACACCUUCACACAAGGAGACACAUAACAAGCACUUGUUCGGUUAAACUGUCCCACUCAGUGUGUAACUCUUUCAGAGGGUUAAUCUAUAGUUGUAAAUUACGGCUCUGUUGCUGACACUGCAUGAUAUCAGUUCAUUACAUGCCUCAGUGGACUCCAUAUACAGUGCUCCCAGAACCCAUUGUAUCAUCCUCUCCUCUCCUUCAGGCCUCUCAGGUCAUUACUACUAUGCAAAUACACGGUUUUGAAUUCAAUUUACCUUCUUUUACAAGUAAUUAUUAUAACUGCAUUAUUAUGAUGCCUAAUUAAGAGGCUCUGUGAACAACUUCUUAAACACGAUAAGAAAAGUGUAGGUGUUGCCAUUGUAGUUUUAUGGUCUUAUGAGCACAUUUGUUUGUUACAGCUGUGAGUGUCCCCACGGGAGUUAUUUUAAAAAAGAAUUUUAUCUCAUCUCAGUUUAGAUAAAGGAAACAAAACCUUCAAGACUAAGACUGAUUUGACAACAUUUACUGUGGAUCCUGGAUACUAAAGUAAAAGUACAGCAGUUUUGGAGAUAUCGCGAAACUCUUUUUUGGAAUAACUAUGAAAUGACAGAAUCAGAGUAAAGCUGAUAAUGGAGUUCGAGAGAUAGUGAGUGGUGUGGUGCAAUGUUGGCCUGGAUCUCUGUCUGUUGGAUCAGGUUCAGACCAGGGAGGGUUGGUGGUUCUGUGUCUGUGGGAUUGGCUUCCUGUGAUUGUAAAUCUAUCCCCUUGCUCUAUAAUGGAUGGGCAAGUGUGUGUUUGUGUGUGUGUGGAGGGGGGCUAGACAUCAGGGUGUGUCGACCAAAUUUCAAAGGAGCAGAGCUCAAACUCUUAACCUGACCUCAUGUCUUAUAUUAGAAACAAGGUUCUAUCUGUACUCUCCAUGUUUUAUAAUUAAAUUCAAAGAGGCUUUUAAGAGAUAUAUUUUGACUUAUCUGUGCUCGUUUGUAUUUACUGAAAAAGCUGUUUCUUGAUAAUGCAGUGCAAACACAAUUUUCUCCUGUCUUAAAAGAUUUAGCCAGAGCAAAUUUAUCAUUGCUAAUCCCAUUAGCCAUGUCUCGCCACUGGGCUAUUUUUGUUGUAUUUGUUUAAUCAAGUCUUCCAUGAAGUGUUUUUAUUCACAUAUUAAUGAUUGCAAAAUGACCGCAAUCCGAAAUAAUAAUAAGCCUGGAAUUAAAUAUAAUAUCUGUAAGUGUGUUUAUUAUUAGUCUAGUGUGUAAAUACAAAGAUAAGUUUGACUUAAAGUAAGCCUUUUAUAUUUGCAUAAGGUGUAAGUCCUGGUCUACAGAGGCGGCCAUCUUGAUCCACCAUGUUUCUACAGUAGCACAGACCAGACAAAACAUAUACUCUAUGGGAUUCUGUAUUUGGUGGGUGCUGCUGGAUCACAUGGCUGUAUUUUGUAUUGCAUGUGCGAUAGAUACUUCUUAGUCUCCAAUAAUAUGUGAGUAUGAUGGUAGGGAGCAAAAACUGGAGGAAAAAAUAGGAAAAGAGACAAACUAGAGGAAUAUAAUGUGUGGAAACUAGUUUUGUUAAAUACUGAAAGAAAAAAAACAGAACUCAAUGAAUGCUUGUUGAACCAUGGAUGCUGUUCUUAACAGUUAGACUCAGUAUUGGGAAUUGUGGCAUCCUGACUUUAAAGCUAUCAGUAGGUCAAUAUUAACAAUGACCACAAUAACCCUCUUCAAAGUAAAUAUGCUUGACUGGGAUACUAAACCUAUGCGUUAAAACCAACAGUAUGCUUUCACAGAGCUGCGGUCAUAUCUUUUUCCUCCACUAAACUUCCACUGACUUUUAAAAAAUCCCCAUCUUUCCCCUUUAACUCUCCUCCCUCUCAGCUUGUUACUUUAACUGUCUCUUAAUUUCCCUUUUGUUUACCCUUCUCCCUGCGAACCCUUCCUUAAAUGUCUUUCUCUUGUUGUGACCCAUUUUACCUCGAUUUAGAUUUUUGAGGUCUGCUCCGGAUAUUUUUAGGUCAAAACGUCACAGCAGAAGAUCUUAAUCUUGACAGGCUUGUUUUCAAGGUUGGUUUGAGAUAAAUGUGAAUCAAAAUUGAAGCAUUGUGAUGGUCCUGUUAUUUCGCUGUCUACACCCUUUUUUAUGGUUUGGUGAGAUUUACAUACAAUGCUAAGUAUUUUCAGUAAAGCCUGGGUAUAUAAAUACUUUCAUCUUCUCGUUUGCUGCUGUCACUCUCCCCUCCCUCUUUUUCAAUUCUGCCUUACUCUCUCUCUCUCUCUCUUCCUCAGUCUUCAUCCAUCCAUCUGUGCCCUUGUUUCCCAGCAGUCAGACAGAAAUAGCCCCAUGUGUACCAGUAGUGAACUGGAAUAGAUCCCUACCAGGAUCUCACUGCAUGUGUGAAUGUGUGUGUGUGUAUGCGCGUGUGUUGUGUGAUACACUGCUGCACAUCUCAAACACAGGCACAGACACUCAGCGUUAGACUCUCUCUCUCUGGGCGUUCUCUGUUAGAAACCUGACAUUUACACUUUGAGAAGGAUGCACCAUCUUGCACAUCAAAGCCUUCCUGAACUUGGCCUUUCUCCUUCUCUCUCACUUGCUCUCCCUCAGCCACUCUUCCCCAAUUCUUAUCAAUUUCAACACCAGACAUUUGCUGUUUUGAACGUGUUUUUCAUCCAACCCAGAAGGUUAUUUUUGUAUUAAAAUAUUCAGGUCAUCUGCUGUUUCUUGAUACCUGGGCACUUACAUUUUACCGGUUCAUAAUUUCCUGCUUAUAGCAUACUUACAGCUGACUGUAUCUGUCAUAAAAAUACCUUAUGCAGCAUUUAGCAAGAUACAGUGAAGAGGAAAAACUGGAUGCUUGACAGGCCAUCAGUUAUAUCAUUAGAAAACAGAGUUGGGGGACUCGAGUCACAUGUCUUCUAAAUAAAAAUGCACAAUAAAGCUGUCUUAAGUUAACUUAUUGGCCUGUCAAUUGGGUCAAAGGCUAACUAGAAAUUAUGUGUUUGCAAAGGCGCAUGUGUGAUAUAAAUCAUGUCUUGACUGAUAUGAAUGUGGAAACUGGUAGAUUUUCAGAUGUAUGACUUUACUUGCUGAACUUAUAGCAGGGACUCGACCUGACUUGCUUGAUUCUCAUUACGGUGACUUGAGACUUGCUUGUGAUUUGUUAGAUCUUUGUGCUGCUUUAGAAAUUAUUAAUCAUCAAACCCUGUUACAGAUGUUUGAACAACAAAUUAGUAUUACAGAAACUGCUUUAGCUUGAUUUUCAUCAUAUUUGUCAGAUUAGUAUAAAUUUGUGCAUGUCAGCAAUGGGGUUCCACAGGGUUCAAUGCUAGGACCAAUCCUUUUUACCUUACAUAUGCUUCCUCUGGGUAAAAUAGUGACUUAAAUGUCUCUCUAAGGUGUUUGGGUGCAAAAACAAUAACUUGAGUUUUGUCAGAAUUGAGUUGCAAAAAGGUCUUUAUGUCUUGACGACAUGCUCCAAUUGAAGUUAAUCUAAUGUUUUCAAUUGGCCUCACUGAUAGGUAUAAGUGAGUGUCAUCUACAUAGCAAUGAAAACUUAUGAAGGGUUUCCUGAUAUUUUACCCAGAGGAAGCAUAUGUAAGGUCAAAAAGGAUUGGUCCUAGCAUUGAACCCUGUGGAACCCCAUUGCUGAAAUGCACAAACUUAUACUAAUCCGACAAAUAUGAUGAAAAUCAAGCUAAAGCAGCUCCUGUAAUACUAAUUUGUUGUUCAAACAUCUGUAACAGGGUCUGAUGAUUAAUCAUACCUAAAGCAGCACAAAGAUCUAACAAAUCAAGUGAAUGAUUACCAUAAAAUCAUCUUUAGAUCAAUAUGUAGAGUCAGAUUGUAUCUUUAGCCGGUCACCUUGCAAUGAGUGAGUUAAUGUUAAUUCAACCCGUGGUCAUGACUCCUCUAGUUUGUGUUGUGGUCCUGUUUAGUUCUGUUUAACAUAACCAUAGGCUAACUUUGCAUCAUCCUAUACUCAAUCACAAAGUAGGUACUAAAGGUGUUUUCUUGCCUUAGUCAGAUUUCUCAAGUCUACACAAACUGCCUGACCAUUCAGGUGUAAUGAUAAGAUGUUUGAUUACAGAAAUAUGAGGCCUAAGGAGGAAAUAUGUGCAGAUGUUUUCCUGCGCGCGCACACACACACACACACACACACACACAGUUGUGAUGUGUUGCCUUAGAUAAUUAUGUAAGUAUAGCAGCUGUGUAAUUUACUGCUGGUAAUUGAUCGGCACAACAAUUAAAAAUUUGCAGCAGCAUGCACGCACACUGAAGCACUCACACUCACUAAUACAGACUCAAUGAUGCGGUGUUAAAUCAGUGCAUUCAGCCUGCCAUAUUAAGAGCCAGAUUGGAGAGUCUCUCGCUGUUAAAUGCAACACCCUGAUAGUCCGUGGAGUACCGAUGUCAGUGUCACGUGUGUGUAGAUGUGCAUUUGUACGUCUCUUGUGUGCGCAGGAUUAAGUUUUAUCUAAUUAACUGUUGGCUAACCCUUUCCCUCACAGUGAUGACUCAAUCAUAGCUUAGCAACUUGCAGGCUUCUUAAGCUUUCUCAACAAGCUGAAACAGUGUCCAAGGUGCUCUAAUACACGGAUCAGCAGCAUUCAAAGAAGAUUGUGCCGUCUGUCAUGAAGACUCUCCAAAACCCUGGAAACACUGUAUAUUAAGAGUGUUAAAUUAAACAUGUUUGCAUGUCUGGACGACUAGUUUAACACCUGUAGUGGCCAAACAUUUAUUUUUAGGCCAUAUUGCAAUAUUUUGUGUUUGUUUAAGUGCUUGAUAUGUUGUGUAUAUCCCGAUUUGUGUGUGUGCGGGCGGAUUAACCCACUCCUGGCUGUUUUCCAGAGGCCGUUUCAGCCUGAAAGUAGGAGAUAACACAGCACUGCUUGGAAAGGGAGGAAGAGGAUGGGGCGGGCUUGGGGGAUUGGUGGGUUGGUCGUGGAGCUGAAAGACAACUCGUAGAAAAAUUCAGGGAGAGGAUGAUGAAGAACGCAGCAAGACGAGAAAUAAGAGUAGAGGUCAAGAGGUGAAUAGACAAAACAGAGCGGUACCUGCAGGAUUAAGAGAGGACUAUAAAGAGGAGAAGAGGGGUCUCAGUGAGAGAUACAUGGAAGCUAGAGAGCUAGAGAAGAGUCUGAGGGAUGAGAAGGAAGAAGAGGAAGAGGAGAAGCAGUGGUGGUGUUGAUGUGUAGGGGGAAGUUCAUUAUGAGUCAUGCCAAGGGAGGCUGCGUGCCGUUGGGAAAACAGCUCAUUGACAGUGGCAGGCAUCAAAAGGCCCUCUGGAGCUCCACAUAAUCUGUGUGGGGUCAUCAGGGAGGGAAGGGACAGACAGAUAAAUGGAGGUCAAAGUGAAAGUGGGACGCCGAAGUUCUCCUCGCCUCUGCUCCUCUAGCGUAGAGGCGCGGAUUUACAGCAGCUUUGCGAGGCCAGACGGAUCACUGCACACACAUACACACACAUACACACUCUCACACGCUCUUACACAUGCACCUUGUUCUGCCCAAUUAACACCUCAAGGCUAACUAGCUUCACACGAAAGGUUGAUUAAUCUCCCUCCAUCUCUAUCCUGGUCUUUCCAUCUGACUCUAUCUCUCCAUUUCACCUCCCCCUCUCCUCCUCUCACAGUCUAAAUGUAGCGCGCAAUCAGAAAAUUUCUCUUAGCCCACGCUGUUGGGUUAUGAUAGAGAGAUGGAGAGCAAUAGAGAGAAAAAAAGGGGGGAGAUACGGAUACGAGAUGAUGAGCAGAGAAGCAGAGAGAAAUGGAGACAGUAAAAUUGAGAGGGUUCAGAGGAGACGGGGCGGUGGUGAGGCAGUAGUGUUUGUUGUUGUUGUCAUUGUUUUAUUAAACCCUGCAGCUCAGACUCUGUUUUCUAAUCCAGCGCUGGCAUACUCCUGCCAAGAUCACUGCCAGGCUUGUGAUGAAUUUGUCAUCUCAAACCCCCCCCACCCCCUUCUCAUCCUCACUCCACCCAACACAGCCUGAGGCGUCAUUUUUCCAACUACUCCUCCACUCCUUUCGGCCUUUCCUCUUCCACCACUCGUGAUCUGGGAGAAGGUAUUUUUUAACUUCUCUAUGUCUCUUUUUUCACCUUGUUUUAGGUCCUCUUUCAUUACACUCUCCUCACUUGUGUGAUUAUAGCGUCGGUUUAUUUGCACAGAUGUCCUCAGGGAAUGUUUACCAGACAAGGACCUCUUGUGGCGGUGCAGAUAAUAGCUGCGGUGCAUCAGAAGAAAAUAUGGGUUGGCCUUUGGGUUCAGCGUCGAGAUACAAACACAACACAACAGAAAGCGUGUGGAUUUCCACAACAGCUGCUGAUAUCUGCACUACUAUGUAAAGUAUUGAUCUAAACAUCACUUGAUCACGAUUUACAUAAUGCCAAAUAAGCAGAUGUAUGAAUUAGUGAUCGACGAUUAGUUUUUUUACAGGCCGAUAAAUAACGCCGAUAUGAGAACACAGUUUCUAUCACAAUGCUAACUAAUAAGAAAUGAUUUCGCUGUAUUAGUGAAUGUUUUAUUGAAUAAAUACAGAUGGAAAAAUAUUGGACUCAGUAAAAUUUUGCCACAAAGGACUUUUGAAUUUCUUCCCAGCUCUCUGAAAUAGGUUAAAAAAAAAAAAAAAUUUAUAUAUAUAUAUAUAUAUAUAUAUAUAUAUAUAUAUAUAUAUAUAUAUAUUAAUAUUAUUAUCAAACUGCCUUAAUUUACAAAUUAUAGUCAUCAGAAUUUGCGUUGUGAGGGCAGAUGCCAACUUCAUUAAAAUCCCUUCAAUCUGCCUAAUUUUUCAGUCUGUCCCUUGUAGGAAUUAUAGAAACUGUAAGUGUUAAAGAAACAGGCAAUAAAUAAAAAUAGGGAGAAAAAACAACAUUUUUUUAGAAAGACUGUCUGCAUAAGGGCUGUUAAUAUUAAACCAACAUGGCUUAAAUAAUAUUACGGUGACAUUUACAGAAAACUGCUGCUAGCUGUCAAAUUUUUUAGCAGCUUUAUCGUUCAUCUCAUCAGAAAUAACAAACACAAGCAGAAAAAUAAGCGCACUGAUGAACAGUGAAAAGUCAACCACACGAACCGAUGAACACAACAUCCACAUGGCCAAACACAUGCCAUCAAGAUAAAUCAAAAUCACUGGCUGGUGCAGGGACAGAGUGUCCACAAACACGCUGUCUUCUGGCAGGUGGCAACCAGUGAACAAAACUGCAUAGUCUCAGCUACAGUAGGGACUACGAGAAGUAUUUUAUUUAUUACCAGAAAGAAAUAAACAUCAUCUUUUUUGAGCUAUAUACAGUUUCACAGGACAGGGAGGGUAUGAAAAACGUGAAAAAUAACAACAGCUAUGGGAUCAAUUUUAUGCAAUCGAUGCAAAUUUACAAGGUACCUCAAAUCUGUACGUAAGUGCACUUUACAAAAUGUAUUAAAUUACAGGCAUGGUCCGUGAGCUUAUACUGGUCAUUUGUGUGCACUUGACCCUCUAUCCUUCUGCUCUCUCUUCACAGACACUGUUGAUCCUCUCGUCUUCGUCUUUACUUGUACAGUGUAGUUCACAUAUGAAUGAGUGAAAUAAGCUCAAUGAACCAGCAUGAACGCUCCUAUGAAAUUUCUCUCUGUUUCUGACUUAAGAUCGAGAAGACAGGACCUCAUCUGUUAAUACAUCCUCUCUGCCUUUAUAGGAUUUUAGGGCUUUACUUUUGUUGUGCGUCCUGAGAGAGGCACAGUCUAUACUGGAGCAGAGCAAAAGUUAUGUGCUCUGCCCUUACCACUGCAGAAGUUCCCUUGAGCGCCCGCUGACCUCUUGUACAUCACUUUAAGAUCAUGUUCGCACGUGGUGGUAUUUUACUAAGGUGAAAUAAAACAGCAGGGACAGUCCAGGGAGUCACAUGUGUCUUCCUCCAGCAAUGCCCUACUUAACUUUCAAAAUUCACACCUCAUAAUAAAGGGUAGAAGGUUGCCAGGUUGGUCCAAAACCCUCCUUUUGGGAUUUUGUUUUUUUUUUCCACUAAGACAGUUAUAGUGUGCAUAAGAAAAUAACAUGUACACAGGAUAUAAAUGUCUUCUUUCAGUGCACACAGCAUGCAAACAGGAUGUUUCUGUCCUCUAGCAGACUCACUCUUGCUUAAAGUCAGAUAGUCAAUACAAUUAUUGCGGCUUUAUUGAUUACACUUUUUUGUUGCAUGGCUGCCUCACCUCAUAGGCUUAUAUGGAUUUUUGUUUUCAAGCUUGAGUAAAAUUCACACUGUAAUGUUUCAUGCCGAUUAUCAAAUGAAGAUAAAGAAACUCAUCCCUCCCUGAUUUCGGCACAGGAUCGAGAUUGAAUCUUAGACUACAAGAUAAAUAGCACCGUCCAAAUACAUCAGGGGUCUGAGAGCAGGAGUGCUGCCUUUGCAGAAAGUUGUUCGCGCUCAUCCUUAUGAAUGAAUCACACGGUAAUGCAGGAUCAGCAAUCCUAUUCGAGGAGGUUUAAUACAUACUAGCUCAGAUUUACCGUCAAUUAUUUGUUUAGUGAACAAAGUUAGGGUUCUGUGUUGGCAACACUAUGUCUCAUUAAAGCAGCUAAUCUCCAAUACUUAAAAAAUUCAGCAGCUGGCAUGAAUGUGUUCACAUUUACAGCAUUAUCCAGUGUACUGUUGUAUAAUGAACCAUCUUUCCAAGAUUAAAUCAAGUCUGUUGAGCAGUAAUGGUAGGGUGCAUACCAGGUUGUUAAAUGGGCCGUGUAAUGUUUUAUCAGAUGAGGGGAAUUGGUGCAAGGUUACAUGAGGAGGCAGAAAAAAGUGGCCAUGGGCGAUUACGAUCUUCUAAUUCAAGUUCAGAGAAGAACAGGUCACAAGACGUAGCGGGGAAAUUACUAGACUAAAAGAUAAGAAUAAGGAAAAAGUCAAGAGGGACCACUCAAGAGAAAACACAGAUAGUAUAGUGACAAUAAGGAGACAAAUGCUAAAGGAUGUGGAAAAGAGCAUGAGAAAUGAGCACGCCGAGUGUGAGAGAGCAGUGAAAACAGCGAGGGAGACAGCGAGGCAAAGAGAGAUCAUUAUACAGCAGCACAUGGUCUCUAUUGAUCACUAGGCCAUGUGACUGUCCCCAGGGUGUGUUAUUGUCCCCUGUAAGUCUCUCUUCGCCUGCCAGUGUGCUUGACUGUCUGUGUGGGUGUCCUCAUGCCGUCUGCGUGUCUCAGAGUGUUAAGAAUACAGGGAUUGGAAGUGACGUUUCUGUCUGCACUUGAACUUCAUUGUGUUUAGCAUUUCUCCAGGCAUAAAAAAGCUCAGAUGGAAAAUGACAAUCAGCCUGAAAUGCAUGUUUCAUCUAAUUUUGGCCCGAGGCACUGGGAUCGGGCAGCAACUUCAGCACGAUUUACAAAUGCAUACGACAGAAAACUCAAUAAAAAUAGAAUGUGUGAAAGUCAAAAGGUGCAAUUUUAUAUGAAAUCACUUUCCCCAUUUGCAACAGUCUGUAAGGAAUGUUUGCUUGUACUAUCCUGUUCAUUAUUUAUCAUCUUAACCAGUUUCUUUGUUUCCUUUGUUCUGUACUUCCAUUCAUUCAUCUUUAGUCCCAAAAGUUUCCGAUUGUAAUCUAAGCUCUUUGCUUUGCUCAGUGGGUCUGGGUUUCUGAUGUUCUUCUGUUUUAUGAUGUUGUUGAGACAUUUGCUGGGAUGUUUGAUAUGAGCUUAUUAUGAUGUUUUGAGUUUCUCUUGACAGAGCCAUCUGUAUAAUGAUAAUAAUAAUAAUAUUUCUUUAAGCCUCUGGUAAUUCCUACUUCUGCUAUCAUAAUUGUUCAUCCAUGCUUCCAUCCAACUAUUGCCCCAGACCUCCUACUCCCAGCAAUACCUCCACGCCUACCCUGGGGCCUCCUCACCACCAGCCACACUUGGAACACCUCCUACCCCAAUCAAAUGCCCGCACCAUCUCAGUUGCUCCACUUCCAGAUGUCUGAGCUAUUGACCUUAUCUCCAAGGCUGAGCCACCUUUUGACGAAAAUCUGUUUCGGCUGCUUGUAUUUGAGGUUUUUUCUUUCUGUCACUACCUGAAGUUUGUGACCGUAGCUGUGGGCUGCUCCUCAUUCAGCAAGAGCAAUCCCCGUUUUCUAGCAGGGAAAAUUUGACUUUAACAUUGGUUUCUGAUGCAGCUAGCUUCAUAUUAUUUACUCAAUAGCCAUAUCUAUUGAUAUGAUAAGAUAAAAAGAACUUUAUUUAUCCCUGAAGGGGAAAUUUGAUAUUCUGUUAGAACAAGAACAUGCAAGAAGCUGAGUGAAGUUGAAACCUGUUUCAAGACUGAUAAAAGUACCGCCUAGCAACCUUACAAUUCUGGUCUUGUACUGGAAAAAAAAACAAGAAGAGACCAAAGGACACAAGCAUGAUCAAUCAUGAGUGGACGUGAUAACCAGAUGUUUUAUUGUAGGUUUACUGAGAUGGUUAGAUUACAAUAAAAGCUGUCUGUUUUCAAAGACUGAUCGUUUUUAAAAUCGUUCUGCACAUACUUAUCUUUCACUGUCUGAAUUAUGGAUUUAACUUACCGAUAUUUCAAAAAUGUAUCUUCCACUUCCAUAAACUGCACAAACACAAAGCAGAGCAGAUGCUUGUUUUCAGGAAUUCACACGCUUUCAAAAAAGCCUUGUGUCUAUGUCUAUGUGUGUGUGUGUGGCUAUGAGAAACGUGUUUGCCAUCUGGGAGAUAACCUUGAUAGUGGGUGAGAAAGCUGUUGCUAGGUAACUAUAGAGCGCCAGUGUACCUCUGACUGUGGCAGUUGUAAAGCUUUUGGCCAAAGUCUUAUGUGCAGGAAUAAUAAUCAAUACAUAUAACCUAAACUUCAUUCUUUAUUUCAUUUAGUUUGGUUGGCAGCAGGAUCUGUUUGAAGAGAUCGUCAAACAGUGUUGGGUGUUGAUAAAACUGCACUUGUUCUCUUCUGACAUUUUCAUUUUGUUGGGAUAUAAGUGGUUUGAGGGAAAGUGUUGAAGAAGUAGAGAGCCACUCAUAACCAGAUGGAGCUCUCAGCUCUUUAGAUGUGCUUGAAGCUCAGUUCUACUAAUAGAAGUUAUUUCUGUUACAAUGACGACAGCGCUGUUGUCUUCAGGACGUCACUGAGGGAUCCGUUAUGAUCCCGUUGAUAGGGAUUUCUUCUUUGUUCGUUUAUGCAAUUCGAUACCUGAACUCUGACACAAAUUUGAGCAACAAUAAUGGGUCCUAUGCAAGGUGUUUCAGCCACAAUCGCAAGUUUUAUUGAUAAGACUGACUUUUGAUGGGAGUGAAGGAAGAAGCAAUUAAUGUUACUCCCAAAACACACUUGUGAAUAUUCAACGGACCUGAUCCAACCUCUCUAGGCCUCACUUAGCACCCUGAUUUGUACAAAGAACUGGUUGGACAUGCCCUAAUUCUCAUUGUGCCAUGUGCUUUAGGCUGUACAUUUUAGAUUGUUUAAAUGGGGCCCAUUUACAAGUGUGCUGAAUGGGACGGGUUUCUUUUACAGAUAAAGAACAAAUGAAAAGUAAUGUCCUCUGCAAGUGACCUCACUUCACAAUUCCCUGUUUCUUCAAUCUGAGGAGUUUAUAGGUAACCCAAUAUCCCCAUAGCUCUCUACCUCCCUCCUCCUGCUUCUUGUAUGUAGGUUAGUCCCAACACAAUGAGGUCAACAAGAUGCCAUGUUUUGACCUGUCAGCUCUGUACUGUGUCAGCUCUGCUUAUCUCCGUUGCGCUGCUUCAUUCUGAGUCUCGGAGAUAGAGAGCCAAGGCCUGCCCCUCUACGAUUGGUUUCAGUGGGCCAGUACAGUUUGAAACAAUGUUGGAUUGAUAAUACGGAAGGAGAGGAGCAUUCUAGUAACCAUAGCGACUGCCUCCAGUUGUUGGCUGAGUGUGUACGAGUGUGUGGUCAAACGGAGCAGAGGUUAGAGUUUCACUGUGUGUAUAAAUAGUACAUUUUAAUGGAAACAAACCACUAUCCCAGUACUAGCUUCCAGUCUGCUCUACACUUUAACAGCAACAUUGAUUUAAGCAACUGUUCGUUAAUAAUUCUUGAUAAAACUUUGGUCAUACCUGUAAAAUACUGAGCAGAGCCUUUCACUCUCACAUGGAUGGUACUUAAUACAGUUAAUACUGAAAAGGGUUGCAAGUUUAUGAUCAAAAUUGACAUGGUAGCCAAUCUCAUUUCCAACCUCUAACUUAAUUGCAUGACAGAUGCAUUAACAACAGGAAGAGGUUUGUAUAUACUGUACAUGGAAACUUUGGAUAAUAGUAAACUCUGUUAGCAUCCAGCACCAACCUGAAGACAGUGGAAAAUACCAGACAGUAGGGGUAGGAAUCACUAGUGGCCCCACAAUACGAUAUUAUCACGAUACUAACAUUUUGCAAUACAGUGAGUAUUGCGAUACAAUAACAAUAUAUUGCGCUUUAUAAAACUUUUUCAACUGUUUAGAUAAUCCAGCAUUUGUCUGUCCUUUAUGUUUGUCUUCUUUACACACCGUAUCUUAUUUUCAUGUAGCGCAUCUUGCAAACCUUACCUAUAUAUGUUGUACUAACAUUCUCCUGCUCUAUGAUGUCACCUCCGCCAACCUCACCGGACAAACAGUUGAUUUUUCCAUCAUCAUAGAUUUGAAAAAUCAAUACUUGGUAAAUGCAACGACACAAUAUAUCACCAGACAAAACAUUGCGAUACUAUGCUGUAUCGAUUAUUUCUCCCACCCCUACCAGACAGAGUGAAAGGAUCCUGUAUUAUGCACAUAAGGGUAGUUAGUUUGAGAUAGACUCUCCGCAAGUUGCACUACUCUUCAAAAAGCAAGGAAGCCAGGUUGGCUUGUAAAAGGGUCUUACACCUGCAGAAAAGUUGAUUAUGAUUUGACUGCAGUUAUUGAGGGUAUAAAACAUAUAAACACAAUCUAAAUGCAACCAAUAGUUGUACCAGAGUAAAAGGCAAAUGGUGUUCUACUCUAAAGUUGGCUCUAUACCAGGUAAAGCUUUGCCAGGGAUAUGCAUCAUCACGACCGCCAUCAUCACCCGCUGCACACGACCAGACCGAAUUGGAAAUUUGCCCCCAAUCGCUCCAUAAUGCAAGCAGUUGAUUCAGUGCACGAAACACGAUGAGGCUGCAGAUCAGGCUGGCAGCACUCACCCUCUUUAGGUCAUAACCAUGCUUUUAAAACAAACUCCACAGAAGGUAAACAGGUGAAACCAGAGAGCAGCACAUCCUAAAUCCUCAUGCAUGAAGACACGAUAUUCAUUUAUAAUGUUGUUAAACAAGAAAGCAAUAACAUAACCUAUGACAUCCUGUCUUUAUGAUCAGUUUUUCUCAAAAUCACUUCCUGCAUUAGUGCUUCCUGUCCUGCUGUUUGUUUGCACUCUUCCUCUCUUUCCAUCUUCGCCUCUCUUUUCUCGAAGAUUGUCCUGUAUCUAUUUGGAAAUGCCCUGCCCUGUAAUUCAAUCACUGCGCUUCCUGUUUACCUAGCAGCAUGAGAGUGUGUGCAGCUGAGCAAACAUGAAUCGGUAGCUUUGAACUGAUCACCACUUGUCAUCCUGUCCUGUGCCUUUAGCCAGCUGCUGUUAACAGUAACAAAAGCACACGUGUGCAUAAGCAUGGAAACGUUUCAUUUAACCUGCAGACCUUGGAAGUUUUCAGUGAGACGAUUGUUGGGGUUUUUCCGGUGUAUGACUCACGGGACAAGAGUUUAGAGGCGUAUUAGCAUCUUGUGGAUACGGACUUCAGGGACAGGAGUUUAAGGUAAAUGUUUGAUUACUCAGUAGUAAGAAAAACCUGGAGAAACUGAAGUAUUAUAUUCGUUAGUUGUUAGCCGCAGACUAUAUGAUAAGUGAACAUUGGUAUACUCUAACUGGAUCUUGAGAUAUGGCCGAGGGCCCCUGUGCUGCCAGGUGAAAAAACAAAACAUCAGUGUGUAAUAGUCGUGAUUGAUUAAGUGAUGCUGAAUUAUUAAUGACAUGACUGCCAAAGAUGUUGUGUCAUAUUCUCUGUACAUGUGAUCGCACUCACGGCCUCACAGAAUCACCUGAACUUUACCCCAGAUAUGACAGGAUACUUGAGAAGAUGAGAUGUUUUCUCUCAGAGACACAGAAAAGACUGUACUCCGUUUACAAUACAUGACCAAAAUGAUGGGGAGGGUGAACCUGUCAUGUUCUUGUACUAUUAUAUCAUGCUGCUCCUCGUAAGAGACUGAAAGCCAGAGUUGUGUAAAUCUUUAAACAAUUCAACAGUCAAAAUGAAGAAUAAAGAGAGAAGCAAAGACAGCAGGAGACGGGGGCCCGAAGAGAGACGACUGGAGAGAUAAAGAGGGAGGAUGUAAGGAGGGAAGGGAAGAAGAUGAGUCAAAUCAGAGAAGGGAAGGCCGAUACGGAGAAGAAGAGGAGAGAGGAGAGUGGAGUAAUUGAUCAGGUAAUGGAAUCAGAAAGAUGGCUAGGUCUGUUGGCUUUAUCAAGGAGUCAGUUCAUCACACACACACGCACACACACACACACACUCCCUUCCUCUAUUCAGGGCUAUUUCUCCUCUCAUCCUGCGCACUGUGUGUUGAGGCCUCAGAAACAGAUGUGUCAGGAUCACGUGUGUGAGAGAGCACAAAAGGCCUUCUCAGAGUGUUUGUGCUUUUAUAAUUGUGUGUCCGUGUGAGGGUUAGCGAGGGUAUGAUGAGUGUAUUUAUAGUAAAUGCAUUCAGCUGGCCGGACCUCUGACUUCCGCUGGCACACGCUCACAAUACUCAUCUGUUUUUAUAUGUGUGGUUCGCAUGAGUGUGUCUGCCUGUGUGUCUAUUUAUUAUAUUGUUGUUUUCUUGUCGCCUUCCUAGAGUUUAAGUGUUGUGAUGCAUACAUCAUGUGACAUCACCCAGUCUGACAGCAAGCAGUUAUUGACCGCUGCUUCCCCAUAAUGCAGCUGUCAAUCAAUAAACUCGUCUCUUGGCAGCACUCAUAGUGACAGUGAUUUCCUAGAUAGUAUGGCAAUCAUUUGUAAUUGAACUACGACCAGUCUUGUACAAAUAUCAAGUGUAUUCAUUCUCUCAAAUUUACACAGCACAGAGGUCAGUGAGUGCUUGGACAGUAAAUUAUCUCCAUCUUAAACCCCUCAUGAUUGCCUAAAUAUUCUUGUUUCUGGUAUCUGCUCCUAAAAGAAGAAAUCUGAAACUAAAAUCACAGCCUUCAAAUAUUCAAAUAUUUAGAAUAUUACAUGUUAAGCUGGCAAAAGAGAUAUUUCAGUCAUAAAUGUAAUAAAUCAAUGCACAGGCAUAGGACUGAGCAUUUGUUUUAGCAUUACGCUCCAAUCCCCUCAAUAAUAAACUAAAUUAUAGCUCCUCAGAAAUAAACAUUUCUUAAAUCCAGGGUAUCUCAGAAGACUGUGUAAAUGUUUAUGUGUGUGUUUCCAUCUGUGAUCAGAGCUGUUUUUCUUUCUGGGUUUGUGUUUUUCAUUUACCUUUGAAAUAAUCAUCCGGUUAUUUUGAAAGACAUUAAAAUACAAAAGUGGUGUGGUUACUACCAAUUUGUGUCGACAGCAAGGAGAGACACUGAAAUACUUCAUAAAUAAGCUAACUACUGCAAUGAACUGAAGCGAUUCCAUUGUGUUGAGCUGAUAUGGAUAUAAACAGUGACUUAAUGAGAGAGGGGGUCUUCACUUAACUGCAAAUGUUCAGUCUGUGUCUCCUCUGUAGGAGGCAGAGUCUGUUUUACACAGAUCAUGUGGAAAUGCUGAUGCCACACUCCCACUGUCACUACUGUCAUUAUGAUAAUAUGAGUGUCUCUGUGUGCGUGCGUGCGUGAAAAGGUGAUCCUGUAUUCCUGUGUUUUGGCUGCAUGCGCCGAACACUUCUCCAUGUAAAAGGAGAGCUGGGGAUGCUUGUUGCCUAGCAACCAUCUUUAUGCAGCUUUAAGUGUGUCUGUGUGUGUCGGUGUGUGUGUGUGUGUGGUGUGGGACUUGUGCCAGAAUGCAUGCACGCUCAUGUGUAAAUUUCAUCAUUUUAAGUUCCAUGCACACAUGUGUAUAUGUGGCUGGACUACCAGAUGCUUGUAUGCACAUGUUGUCUUUCUCUUUCUUCAUAAAUUUAGUUGUAUUUGCUGUUUAUUUAUAUGAUAUAUCUUCCUCAGUUUUUUGAAAACCUUAUACAGGGUUCCUACGAGAGUAUGGAAAGUGUGGAAACAAAUUUGAUCAAUUUCUAAGGUCUUCAGAAAGUUUUGACAAUGAAAAAUAAAGUAUGGAAAAGUAUGUUUGUUUCCAGACUAUUACCACAAUUCUAAAAUACUGUUUUUCUAAUAUAGAAAAGUAGGUCUUUCCAACAAUAAUUCUAAAAAGUAGGGUUAAGACUUCAGUUGCAUGCUUCAAUACCUGGAGUUAAUUGGCAGGUACAGACACAAAGUGCUUCAGUUUUAUAUGGCAGUUAUGGUUCAUGCUCGAUAAUGACAGAAAAUAGAAAUGUAUUUAUAGAGCGAUGGAGCGAACACUUUCAUCAACACCCAGUAGAUGUUAAAGUGUGACAUGUCUGACUGUUGUUCCGGUGUGUUCUGGUAAGGUAAAUCACAUUUCAUUGACAUGUCUUAUUCUCAAAGUACAUGGUUACAAUAUUCCAUAACACCCAUCAUGCUUCAGUGCUGAGCUGUAUGACCUGUUUUCAUCAGAGUGUCUGCUACUCGGUCGAAAACAUCAACAGAUGUGGAACUAACACCUAAAUUACCUCCAAUUCCCACAGCUACAACAUUACCGGCUGGACUUGCUGAGCUCCUGCAGUGCUGCACAUUUGAUCCAGCCACCCAGUUUUUGAACAUCUCUACAUAUUUCAUGACAGUUGGUUCAAUCCUGACUCUUGAAAUACAGAGUAGUCUUUGACAGCAUUAUCUGGGUUAGACAGGUGGUAAACCGGGCUGGUUUCUCAUUGUUUGGCCUUGUUUACUACUUUCUGGAAAUGAAAUACUGUGAUUUCGGAGGACUGCUUUGGAAUAGGCGUACCCCUUUUUGUGUGUGUGUGUGUGUUUUGUGUGAGAGUGCUGUGAACAGAUGGUGUGUGUGUGUGUGUGCUACCUGCUUGGGGAGCUAUGACCAGGAAGUGUGGAUGAGGUGGGUAGAAGCAGAGAGGGUCAACGGGGAUCAAACGGCUCCUGCAGUUACCCUGCUAACACACACACACACACACACACACACACACUGUCCGGUUGGAUGCUCAUGAGAAAUCAUUACUGCUAAUUAUUUAUACAGACAGAUUAGAGUUAUUUGCUUGUCAACAUGUCUGUGUGCUUCGCGUGUGUGUGCCUGUGUGGAUGUUGUGUAGCCUGUCUCUGUCUGUAUACGUUCAUGACGCAGCACUUUGUGUGAAUGUGUGUGUAGGCCGAUUUACUGUGUGUGUACAUCUGGCAGGCAGAGGAUGAUAUUGGCAGAGCUCCCACACUUACCCACUCAGUCCUUCUGUGAUGUCUCGUACAGAGAUUUUGCCCUUAUUUGAUGACAUGAUGGAGACCCUGUCCUUUUAUGAUGUCUGGACCUGAGGAAGGAGUUCACAGAGUAUUUUUGAGUCCAGACCAAAACAAGAAAGGCACGGGCACAUUCAGAGAAAGACGCAGAACAGCUUUCAACAUGUCAGUGAGAUGUAAACAAGCAAAAUACAAAAUUUACUUAAUUUGUAUUCUUUCUAUAUAAAUUCAGAAAUCCAAAAGUCUCUUAUAGCAGUUUUUUACUGAGCCAAGUAGGGGAGAGUGGGGUAAGAUAAGCCAUAUUUCAUACUUCGGAUCACUGCAUCAAGGCAAUCAUAGUUUUGUCUCUAACUAGUGAAUCUGCAUAUAUUUCAAGAUGUUGUGGCUCAACUUGCCCUCUGUCUCAACUUACCCACUCUCCCCAACUGUCCCCUAUUCAUUUAUUUGAUAAUUUUUUUAUUCAAGUUCAGCAUUUAUUUUCCACUUUUUAGUAUGAUUACCAAUGUUAAACUGUACUAUUUUGUCAAAUGCUAAAAAUCAAAAACAAGCAACAAUUUGAUAUCGGCCAUCAGCUCGCGUGCUUUCAGCCAUAAAAAAGUAAUAUUGGUCAGCCAUUAGUGCGAACUCUAGCUCAGAAUCAAUCAUCCACAUAUGAUAGGAUUAUGAGGUAGCUCAUAUGCACCCUACAGAUGUCAUUAAUGUUAGCUGCUAAAGGAUCUUUGUUUUUGUGCUAAACUAAGUAAACAGUAAAAGCUAUGUGCUGUAGAACUUUGAGUAAAACUUGGGUAACAGCAGGGGCCGUACCGCAAAAAAAAAAAAAAAAAAAUACAUAGGGUGACCAUUUCCUGACUUCCCAGAGGACUAGGCUACGCGGGGGUGGAGUCAUGGAGUCACACGAAGUUAAUUUGAGAGUUUUUCGGUUCGGAUUGAGUGUCUUUUAUGAACUUCUAACCCAGUACGUCUACGUGACACUAAAUCGGAACUCUCAUACAAAGCCGCGGACAAUUGAAGGAUUUUAUAAACCUCGGCGGACAAAGCCGGACAAGCCCGUCAAAAAGAGGACAUGACCGGGUAAAAGAGGAGGUAUGGUCACCCUAAGAAACACAGGUUUACAGCCGGUACUUAGCGGUAAGCAAACUUUCACCCUUGCAUUGUAUGUAGGCAACAUUAGCUUACCGUGUUGCUGCACGUCAGUCUGCACUCUGCAUUGUAACUGUAGUAAUCCAGUAAAACCAUGCUGCUCGCGAGUGAGUCAUAUUUGUUUCCGCAAACAAACAAAUUACGGAAGUGGGAACGCUUGGUGCGCACUUUUGAUUGGACGCUGGUUGCCUAGGCGCUGGGGAUCACCUCCCGCCUUUUGCGGAAGGAGGGAACUCUUGAAGAGACAGCUGCUUGAAUCUAAACGCAGACAAAUAAAACAAAAUGCAGAGAAAUUUUGAUUUUAUGUAAAAGAAAAAGAGAGAUGGAGCAGAUGAUGACACUGUGUACUCCUCUUGUACAAAGCCUACAGGUACAGUACCUGAAAGAACCUUCUCCUACUCUCACCCCUGGGUAACAGCUCCACUUACAUUGACAUAGCCCUUGUAGUUAACCCUCCAAAUCGCCGGAUAGAUUAGAAACGACUUGAUCAUCCUCUGCUGGUGUUUGGCUCAGAUGUCCUUGUAUCUCUGCUGCUCCUGCAGAGUGUCAGGGCUGUAACCGAGGAAAAACUGCAGCUGGGUGCCAUCAGGGAGAUUAGGGUUAGCUUUCCUCGCACCUUCAAGGAUGGACUGUUGGUUCAGUGUUGCUUAGGGGUCUGAAAACCAUGAUCUGCACUCUCCAGGUGUUGUGGGAAAACAUCUGGUGGGCUCUAUUCUGCCAAGUGCUUUUCUGUGGGGUCAAGAGUGUCUUGAAGGGAUCAUUUGGGCCGCUGUUUCUCGAGAGUCCAUUCAUGCUGCUCUUGUUUACUCGAUUAGCAUAGUUAAUUCUCCUCAGGAUUCAGUAGCUUGCUGUUUUCUGCUUGAAUCCUGCUUCUUAGCUCAACUUUAAUCUUUUUUGUGGCUACAUGUAAUUAAGUGAGGUUUUUCUGUGAGUUGGUUUUGUCUACGGGUACUGAGUCUUGCUUGAUUAUACAGAAUAAAUGCACGCAGAGAAACCCUGUUUUCACACCAGACUGUGUCGUUCCCAUGCAGCUAUUUAGGAAAAGAGACGGGAACGGCUGCAUGAGAAAGAAGAGAAAUUAGUUCACCUUGUUUUUUGUGAACCUCAAGGGAAGGAUGGCACAAGAUAAGAUUGGGAAAAUGAAGGGGUUUUCACAGAAAAUAGUCAGAGGAAGAGAAACGGGGACAGAUCGAUCAGGCCCAAGACAACAGGUCUGUUUUCUGAGAGCUCUCCAGAGUCCAGCACACUCUUUUCCAUCAUCUCUGCCAGGAAGAGAGAGAGAGGACCGAGGAGAGGGUGGAGAGAAGAAAUUUAGAGAUAGACAAAAGGUUAAGCUGAGGUUAUAAGCUAACAGGGCCACAAAAUCUUCCUUUUGCGUUCCCAUAUUUUCCUUUCCUUUCUUUGCUGUAAUCCAAAGGUCUUUCCUGUGACAAAAUCAACUUCCUUGUUUUCAAGUUCAACACACUCGUUCCUCCCAGGGAUAGAUAUUAUAUAACAGCUCAGAUGAUUACAAAAAGCAGUGACACUGUUCCCUUUUGCCUCCCCAUGACAAUUAAAUAAGCUCACUUUGCCAAGGGUACGAAAACAAAGAAUCAGCAGACUACAAACAACCCUCUCUGGGAUAACAGUCUCUAAUUUCACCUUUUAUACUGUGUUUAAACGUGGUAAUAUCUGACCUUUUUGCCACCACGCUUGCUACCACCGACAGCUGUCCUGACCUUUGCCCUUCACAGAGGCGUGUUAAUUGAACAAUCAAUAGCUCAUCAAAGUGAACACGAGAGGCAGAGAGCGAAGUGGACUGUGGUGUAAGCCAAGCUUCCAACCAGGAGCAGUUCCCCAAAGAGUCGAGCACUCACGCAUGGAAACACAUGGGCUCAGACAUAUUACAGUUUGCUAUGGGUGAACAGGGAACACAGACGUUUUGCAGUGCUGUGCAGUUUGUCUCUAACUCAGGGUUGAUUGUGGAGAUGAGCUGUCAGCAUCUUCACAGGGCUGUGCUGUAAGCUCUUUCUGUCCACAAAAAGAUGAUGCCCUGGAUUGAGCUUCGACACAUCAAACACGAAUUUCACCAUUUUUAACAAGGUGUCUUUAGAGAGCAGGUCAGUAAGAGCAGCUUGUUCUGAUAUCAAAAGGGAAGUAUAACACUAAUCCGGGUUCUGUGUAACAACCCAGACGGUCUCCAUUCAUGGGGACAAAGUGUGUGCGAGUUGGAGACAUCCUCAGACUGCUUCCUAGCUUAAAUAAUGAUAGUGAUUAUUAUUAUUCUUCUGUGAAAACUGUGACCACUGCUCUCUUCUCUCACAAAUUUUUUAGACUUUAUCCAAAAAUAUCAGUGAAUACAUAAAAGCCUCUGGGUGUACCCUCAUUUACAUUACAGUUGAAUCUUGUAAUGCGCUGUUAUAAUGAACUCUGCUUAAUGUACUUCACUUGUCUCCUUAGCUGCAGGCCAUCAUUUGCUGCUUUGGGUAUAUAUCAUAUUAAUGUUGCUUUGUUUUAACACCACUGCUUAUAUUUCUUGUUUGUGUUCACUAAAGCCUAAUCAAAUUACCAAAGGCAGGUUGCCAACAUCCUGACUCAAAUAUAGAAAACAACCUCCAAGAGCCUCCAGGCUGAAAUAUUUUUAAUUAGUUUAAUCAUAAUGGUGUGAUUUCUGUGAUUUUUAGAGCAAGUUUUUCCUUCUGUUGGAUGGUUUAUGUUAAGCAUCGAGAGUCAUCAUUAGUCGUCAACUGAUGAAUGUUAUUGUGUAGUUUUUGAGGUUGUACAGUACGUUGUUCUGCUGUACACCAACACCAAAGAGGCUCACAGAGAUACCACCACUGAGCAGGUCGGAUCAUAAAUUUGUUUAUCUGAGAUUCCAGACAAAUAAAUUUCCGUUUGUGGAUAAAUACAGUUCUUUUAUUAUAUUGUACAUCAACUUUGGCUGUGGGACACCCCACUUGUCACACUCAUGUAAAGAAUGCGGAUAGUUGAAUGCAUUUGUUCAUUUAAGCGUGUGUGUGUGAGAGAGAGAGAGUGAGAUAAAAAGUGAGAGAGUGAGAGAGAGGGUGAGAGAGAUCCUUGCAUUUAGCAGCCAGAAAUAGCCUGUUAGGAAAUCAAUGUUCCUCUCUCAGUGGCGCUGGGAGCUGUCUCCUCCACAAUAGAGGGACUGUCCUGUUUCCUGCACCCUGGAGGGAGUGUGUGGAGAGAGAGAGAGAGAGUGAGAGAAAGUUAAAAGAGAAGGAUCUCAUCUUUGCUGUUUCUGGGUCCUGCAUAAACCACCACUGGACAUAAUUAAAAAUCCUGUUAAUCUCAUACUUUUUUACUUGACCGUCUCUCUGCUUGAUGAGCAUGUUGAGUUUAUAUGUUAAAGAUGUAAUAAACUGUCUGACCUACUUUAAAUUUUGAAGAUUAGCUAACCACAGCUUCAAAAUCAUCCCAGUAACUAUUUUCGUUAAAUUAUCACAGGUCUUAUCUCAAUAACUAAAUCAUAUCCUAACCUGUAUUGUAAAAAGACAUCCACAGGCUGCACUAGAAGUCAAUUAUUGUCUUUAUCUGUGUUCCAGAGCUCCUUGGUACUGCAAAGAAAGUGAAUGUCAACUUCCAGGAUACAGAUGGGUGAGUUACUCUCUCUUAUUCCUGCGUUAACCCUCACUCUCUCUUUCCUUAUGCCAUUAUCUUUCACUCCCCUCCUCCUCUUCUCCCUUUUAAACAUCACUCCUCCCCCACUGUCCUCUACCGCUCUUCUCCUGCUCCCAUUCAUGUAAAAGCUGGUAGAAUUACUUGUCUCUCUGUAGUAUUAAAAGAUGACGGAUUAACCCUGAUAGCACUCAGCUCAAGUUCAGGCUGGAAUAGUGUGGAUAUCUGCGUGCUGGAGAGAGUAUUAACAUCAUUAAAAGCCCCACAUGUGUACAGACUGUGGCUACAAUACCGCUGUCUAUGUAAUCACAUAUUUGUAAGUUACUGUUUGAAAAACAACACACAAUAUUUUUACAUUUAUAAUCAGCUGGAGACCCCAGUCUGUUCUUACUUGGUGAUGACGAGCAAUGAGAUGGCUGAUGCCGAUGCUGUCGUGCUGGAAAAGAAGACUCAGUUUGUGGCUAAUUGUCCUUCUUGGGAAAAGCUUUUGAGAGUUUUUAUGUUCUGUAGUUCUUAAAAAGUUCAUUGUCCCCUGGAAAAGUUUGCUGUCUGCUUGCAUUGCUAUGAAAGCACAAUAUAGCGCAGCUUACGUUUCACACACAAAGCCCAUUUCAGUGCUGUUGAGGUUUCAAAAAUGAAGAGAAAAUAAUGAUGCAUUUUUUUUUCUGCUUUUGAACAUUAUGUGAUUUAAAACCAAACCCAACCAGGAAGGACCAGUAACUUCAUGUGAGUCCUGUUACCGCAAUGCUCAUGCUCAGCAACUUGUAGCCCCUUUCAAAGAUCCUGCUCACAACAUAAAUAAUAUACAACCUGUGUACAAUCUUAAUUACAGCAGGCAUUUCACUGUCUCGUGCAUAUUCUUAAUGAUGCACAUUAUUUACCCAGAAGCUUUUAUAAGAGAAUGACAAAUCAAAUAAUGUCUUUGUCGAACAGUUUGCACUCAAGCUGCUCCUACGUGUGAAUUAAGUCGAGAGGGUCUAUGCCGAGAAUCGUACAAGCUGUUCAAAACAUCAUUUGGUGCAGCUUCAGCAUUACUGAAACUGUUCCAAAUGCCCCCUGUGGCCCUUUCCAUUAAUCUGGCACUUUCUGUACAGUUCAGUAUCUACAAUACAUGACUGUCUGCAGUGCAGCAGGAACAAACACAGCGUCGAAAUGCAGAUUCUUACAGCCAUGAGUCAUGCCAGCUGCGGCCCUUGUGAGAAUCAUUUUAAAUGAGCUGAAAGACUGCAAACUGCACUGAAUAAAGUGUUUUCUAUGAAGAUAAAGAUCAGAGGUAAUCCUCACAGCGCUGCUUUGCCACUCCAAGUGAAUCUGAACAGCGUAAUCUAAUUAGUGUGUUUACUGUUAUUGCCUCUUUGCCCCUUAAUUCCUCCCAUAGUAUUAAGUGCUUCAUGCUGAUGUGGAUGUAUGCUUUUGUCUGCUGCAUGGAUAAAUCACAAAUAAAGUUGAUGGUGGAAACGUAUGAAAGCAGGGGAAUUUUUACUUUAUAAUGAGCCCACACAGCUAAUGAGUCUGCACACGAGUAUUCAUUUUAUAUUCAUUGAAUGUUUUUGGCAAACACUUUGAAGGCUCUAAAUGAACUCAGUGUAAAAAAAACACUGCUAAUUGGGAUCAUUCGCUGGAGAUUUUACCCAUCUGCAGUGUGCGUUUGGAUGUGUGCGCAUGCAUGUGUGUAAUAAAGCGUUUCUUAAGUGGUGCCAAUCAGCUGAAUUCUUAAAAGCCAGCAGUAGUGGUCAGUAAUUAUGUGAUUUUAGUAUAAUGAGUAAGAACUGUAGAGUGCAGAAGUAGUGGUGGCGGGUUUAAAAUAGCGAGGUAAACAUAGAAGUACAUCACAUGUGGCUUCAAGGCUCUCUCACAAGAUUUAAGACUUGAUAAGAAAAAAAAAGCACUCAGCAUCUUCCGUCUUUAUAGACCCUGACAAGGAGAUCCCCAUUGAGUCAUAUAAGUGCAUCACUGGAGGGCUUCACUGCAGUUCUAUAGGCAGUGUGUGUAGGUGUGUUUGUGCGUACAGGAAGGUUUGAAGAUGAAAAGAAUAAGAAAAGGAGACAGCUUAAUACCCACACUUGUGUAACUUCAGUAUGAGACACAGGGCUGCAAAAACCCUGAUCACUAUUAUUUUGAUUUAUAUGAUUAUAUAAAGCAGUUAUUUGUGAUUUGGCAUCUGCAUCCUGUGCAUUUAAGUAACUUAAACCAAAAUAAACAGUUUAACCUGCCUUUUUGUUUACUAAAGCAUACUGUCUAGAAUUUUUAACAUCAUAAGUACUAGUACCAAAAGGGACCAUGCAUCACUUAAAUGCAUGAUGAUUAUCCGAGUAAGAUUAAGAUGUAGAAACAUGUCUUUAUCAUAGUACACUUAUUUUUUCACAGAAUAGAUGUUUUUUUUUCUUUUCUUUUUUGUUAAUUUGUUUUCCAUCUUCCUCCACUGUCAAGAUCAGGCCUCUGAUGGACUGUCCCAUUUGUAGGUUUGCUUGAAUACCCCCUUACUUAGUAUUUACCAAAUGUGAUUAUAACCCCAAAGCAGGGCUGGAUGAUGAAACGAUAAUGAUAUAUAUCAAAAAAUUAAUUUCCCUCAAUUUCAAUAUAAAACAUGGUCAACAUGCUUUUCGAUAGUCGGCAUUCUGAGAUGUUUUGGUAGACUCUAAGAAUAGCCAGUGAAAAGUGGAGUUACUCUGGGUCCGACAUGAAGCACAGUAAUGUGCACUGCAAAUUAUGAGCACUGCAUCCGAGCAAGGAACCCAUUGCGCCUGUGUAACCGACCAUUUAGUGUGCUUUCUCUAGCGCAACGCCUUGUGACAGAACGUAAAAGACACAAAGACCUCAGCAAUGCAGUAGCUUAUUGUAUUGCAAAAGACAUGCUACCAAUAAGCAUUGUUAAAUUUCAUUUUUAUAUCCUGAGAUAUCGAUAUCGACUGAUAUGAAAAAAUAUAUUGUGAUAAACUUUUUCUUAUAUCGCCCAGCCCUACCCCAGUCCUGUUAGUCUCAUUUCUCUAUCGGAAAUGAGACCAACUUCACCCAUUGAGAUGUAGACAAAGCGUUUAGAAAACAGAAAACAUUUUCAAAGAUUGCUAGUAAAAAUGUAUAAUGAGUUUCUCUUUAGUGAGUCUAGAGAGAAAAAAUAGUUUCUCAAAAGAUUAUUUAUUUUUGAUGCCCAAAGGUAAAUGUGAUAAGUAAGAAUGCUUUUAAUAUCUGAGUCAUCUUGACAUUCAGGAAAAGAGUUUUCUGAGGAUCCGGCCAUCAGGUCGUCAGAUGAUACAACAACAUUGUAUUAGACUAAAUUGUCACCAUGUUAAGCAACAGCUCAUUAGAUUCUUUUAAUGUUUGGACAAGAGCAGCAGAAACCUCAGAAACCUUAUCUUUCAGAUGAUGGAGUUUGUGUUUUAUGAAGAGAUAACACCUGCGACGCACACUCAUACAGGCGGAGUGACAGACACUGAUUAGCAAAAGAACAGGAGAACAUGGACAUGUACUGUUAGCACACCUGCGUUUUUGUAAAGAAAGUGAUAGACAGCUUUUUUUCUCUCCUUCUCGUCCAGUGUGUAGUUGAUAGAGAGGAGUGUUUUUGACAAGCCAAAGAUGCACACAUUUUCAUUCAAGCUUGUUUAAGGGUUGAUUGUGCAGAAGUGUGACAGAUUGUGCGCGUGUACGCGUCUGCAAAAAUGGGGCAGGGGUGAUGAAGCUAAUCAAAGAUAUAAACAUGUAGAGUGUUCAAACAGCGUGAGAGGAACAGGGGAGAAAGUGGCUUUUACGGGAUCAUAAGAGAGGGGCUGAGAUGAGCAGCAGAGAAGGGUAAACAGAAGCAGCUGGUGAGAGGGAUUGGAGAAGCAGGAUAUGAAACAGAGUUUGGAUUUUGAAAUGUAGAAGCAGUGUGCAGAGAUAGAGAUUUAGUGAGUGUUGUUCUUGUGCUCUUGAUUGACCUCAAGCCCUCAGACUGAUCAGUGUUGUAAUUCUGAGAUGGUUAGAUCAUUUUCACACACCUGAAUAAUUCAUAUAUUCAUAUAAUGCAAACACAGCUUGAUAUACGGUGAGAGGCGCUCUUACGUGACUGGUGUUACCUACUUGAGUGUUUCUUUGUUUUGCCAAGCUGGCCACUAUUGUAUAACAGACAGUGUGAUAGAAACGUUCCUUUUAAAGGGAUAUUCCGGCGUAAAAUUAAUUUAGGGUCAAACACACCAUAACACCGAGCUAGACACCGACUGGAGAGAUGAAUGUUGCCGAUCGCUUGCUUCUGUAGUUAUACCAACUUUAGUAACGACCGAACGAUAGCAACACACAGCGGUCUGAGGAGCCAUAAACAAACCGCAACCAAAAACGCCACUCUAUAGCCACAAAUAAUGCUCAGAACAGCACCUGACUUCAUCAACAGUACAUAUAAGAUCCCAACCAUAGUACCAGCCACCAAACAUGUUCUCAACUUUGCCUAAUUUCUUCAGCAAAGAGACUAAACACAACUCACCCACUCUCUUCCAGCAGCUGCUAUGGGGAUUGCUGUGGGGUGACGCAGCUCAAGGAAGAACAGUUAUGUUCGUUUCUUCAUGGAAAUGCAAUCAGACUGAGAUGCUGAAGAACUACCGCGUCUGCAGUGCAAAAUGAUUAAUAUGGUGAUCAUUACUUCAUGGAAAUGAUAAAGAAAUGAGGUUUGUUUAUUGCUCCUCAGACUGUUGUGUAUUGCUAUCGUGCGGUCGUUACCAAAGUUGGUAUAACUAGAGAAGCAAGCGGUCGGCAACAUUCAUCUCUUGAGGGGGUGUCUAAUUUGGUGUUACGGUGUGUUUGACCCUAACUUAAUUUUAUGCCGGAAUAUCCAUUUAAUACAGAAUCCAAAUUGUAAAUGUUUUUAGUUUGGAUAUUUGUCAGGGAUUAACAUCAUCCUUGUGUAACUCGAAUGAUUCAUACCAUUUUUACCUUACUUAAUCAGCAUUACGUGUUGAACAUAUCUGGUGAAGAAUCAGUCAAAGAUGUAGGCUGAAUUUUUCAAAUGUGAACAUUCAUUCAACGCUCAAUUUGUUUAGAAUAGGCUCAGCAAUAUCACUGAUAUUUUCAGGACAUUCAAGCUUUAAAGGUGAAUACCGCAGCUCCUCAUACGCCCCUGCCUAGGAAGUUGUAUUUGAAAUAAACUUACAUGCAGAUCUUUCCAUUCCUGGAGUGAUAGAUAAACAGAUCUGAAACAAAAUGAUAAAAAGCAAAUAAUUUAUUCAAGUUAAAGAAGAGAUUUGCAGGCAUGAAGAAAGCAAGUUGAAUGCAGGGGGGAGAAAGAGUUGAAUUGUUGAAUGCUAAAAAGGGAGGUGAAGAGUGCAGGAGAGGAAACUGAAGGAAGAAUAGAGUAUGUAAGAGAAGAGGAGAGGAGAAGGAUGUAUAAAUAUUGUAUGGUUGCUUUUACUACUUGGCAAAAGAGAGGGCUUCCCUUUCCCUCCCCCACUACCAUACAUGCAUCCCCCUGACACACUCUGCAUGCACACAGGCAUAGACACACACACACACAGAAUACUAAGCCUUGUGCAAGAUUGUGUAACAGUAUCCCUGUUUAACCCUUGAGGGAACGUGAAGGGAAGAAGACUGCUGAGAUGCUGAAGUAGGUUAUGACACAUGCACAAUGGGAACUGAUGUGGGUUCAACACUACUGAAAUCUACACCAUCAUUGGACCCUUUAUGGCAUGUUAACUCAGAAUGCUGUACAGAGACAAGCAGAGGUGUAGUGGUGCAUGUACAGUAUGGCCUGAAUCACCUCUUAAAUCUCCUCUCAUGGGAGCAUUCACCGUUUACCGUCUAAAAUUAACCACACUUACUCGUAUGUUUAUUCUGCAGCAGAUUGUGCCACUAAAGUCUUUAUAUGUGGGCUCUAGAGAACACAUGAUGGAGUAAACAUCUAAUGGAAAAAAAUACCAGUACUGCUUUAUGGGUAAUUAAAGCUAACAAACCAAAGUACACAAAACACACAACCCCAUAGUCCGGAUUGUCAUACUGGUCACAUAAAAAUUGUCAUGUCUGAGCUCUUAGGUAGACAGUGGAGCUGAGGUGGUCUCACAGGACAGGAUUAAUCAGCUUGGAUGUUUUAUCAUAAGCACUUUUGAAUGUUUUAAGCCUCCGCAGGAUGUAGCCUGUAAAAAAGUGAUUGUUGGAGUUGACCCAACUGCUGUAUUUCCCUGUUCAACUGAAGUCAUUGGUGUAAAGGUGAUUUUGACGGCCAAUUUUGACUGAAAUUAAAAGACGUAAAUAAACUUUCAUUCUGCAUCUCCAGAGGACCUGAUUUCGACAGCCAAUUUUGACUGAACUGCACUUUAUUUCAAUGUCCGAUUUGGAUAUAUUCAAGACGUCAGAGUUAGACAUCCAUAUGACAUCCGAAAAAGACGUAAAAUAAAAUUUAAUUCGACACCUUUAGGAGACCUGAUCUAGACAUCAAAAUUUAAGCAAAAUAUAUGUCAUUUUGACGUCACAUUGCGAAGCGGGGUGGAGCUGAGGUGGUCUCACAGGACGGGAUUAAUCAGCUUGGAUGUUUUAUCAUAAGCACUUUUGAAUGUUUUAAGCCUCCGCAGGAUGUAGCCUGUAAAAAAGUGACUUUUGGAGUUGACCCAGCUGCAGUAUUUCCCAGUUAAACUGAAGUCAUUGGUGUAAAGGGGUCAGAGUGGGCUACAUUAUAAAGACAUGCAAAACUGCCAAAUCCACAGGAAGUGAUCGUUUGUUUCAGAGCGGGGUCUCAUGGUUCCUCCCCUUUUAAGGAGACCCUUUUUUCUCUUUAAGCUAACUCAUGGGACGUCAUUUAUGUUCACCUGUCUUUGUCCUCAGGUUACGUAAUGCUUCCACUUUUCAGACCCCUUCUUAUGCUUAUCCAUCAGAGCGACAUAUUGAUCUUCUCUACACAGCAUACACCCUCUGCUCUUUCACACACAUGACACACAACUCUCUCCCUCUCUCUCUUACACACACACAGUCUUUACAUUAUAUAAUCCCUUUUCCCUUGUUUUUCUUUUCAUCUCCUACCCUCCCAUCUGAUAUAGUCACUCCUGAUCCUCUACUAUUAGAUGUAUUUGUCAUGCUAAGCUCUACAAUUAUGGCUGACCUGUGUGUAUAUGUGUGUGUAUAUGUGGAAAUGUCUUCUGAUCUUCUGAUUGGGAGAUGACUGACUCUCCCACUGAGCCACAGCUGCUCGUAACAUGUAAUGUGUGUAUGUUUGUGAGACUAUACACAUUACUGUGAGACUCAUCUAUUGAAAAAGUGGAGAAUAUAAGGAAUGAGAAAGAAAAUGGAUUAUACCAAGUGAACAAAUAGAGCUCUGAUAUAUGAAUGUUUGUGUUUACAACAGGUUUUCUCCCCUGCAUCAUGCCUCACUCAAUGGGAACUUGGAGCUCAUCACUCUGCUGCUGGAGUCACAGGCUGCUGUUGACAUCAGAGACCAGAAAGGUAAGAGGAAAAUAUACACAUACACACAAAAAUACAAAGACCUGUUUUCAUGCACAGGAGAUACUGUACACACGGCUCUGUCACACAUAAAUACGCACCGAUCAAUACUACAUCAGUGUAUGAUGGAUUUGGCCUGUUUGUUAAUAGUGUGUUCCUGUGUGUGUGUCUGUGUGUGUGUGCAGGUAUGCGGCCGCUGCACUACGCAGCCUGGCAGGGAAAGGCGGAACCAAUGAAGAUGCUGCUGAAAUCUGGUUCAUCUGUCAAUGGCCAAUCAGAUGAAGGACAGAUUCCUCUCCACCUGGCAGCACAGCACGGCCACUAUGACGUGGUGAGUGGGAGCUUUAAGAGAAGACCGAAUCCACAAAAGACACAUGUUUGCUCAUUCAAAUGUCAAAAACUUAUUUAGUAGAUAGAUUAUUUGUAACUUUGGCCUCUUUAGAGCUGCUGUAAGUUCAGAUUCUCAUAAUAACAGUGAACAAACUGCUGUAGAUAACCCCAAAAGAGUCACUCAUACUAAAUAAAAGAGAGAAUAAUCAGCCAACUCAGCUUUCUCUUAGUUUUUUAUUUCAUAUUUUUAUAAGUUUUAUACAGAUUAAUACAGUACAGCUCUUGAAAGAAGACAAGAUACAAAGGAAACACAUCACAAACACCCCCUUUCCCUCAAGACCUUGUCUACUGCUGGAUAUUCCCAUUAAAUAACAAAUUCUAGAGCUAAAACAAAAAUAAAUAAAAAAACAAGCAAGUGCUGGAAUUCAGGUUUUGUAGAUCUUGAAAUAUAAAAGACGUUGAGAAAUAUAAAGGAAAAAGAAAAUAAGUUAAAUGAACUACUCUACGUUAAGAGAAAUACAAAUGUAGACAAGUCGCUGAAAACUGAAAAAGUCCAGAAUUUAAACUGUAUGAUUAUAAAACAUCACAGAUAUAUAUUUCAAAAAGAAAACAACUAGAAGAGGAGAGUGCUGAUUCAAAAUGAUGAUUCACAAUUUCUGAAUGUUGUCCAGAAAAGGUCCCCAAACCUUUUGGAAUUAUUCGCUUUCUCUUAGUUUUAAGAGCUUUUUAAGAGUCUUUCAGAUCUUUUGUGGUAUUCCAUUCAUGCUUCUCUGCACAGCUACAAAUAGUCAAUGGUCAACUCACGAAAUCAAAAAGGACAAAAAAACCUGACAAAGUGCAGGUAAAAGCAGAACACAAAAAGGUGAUUGAUUUGCAGAGAUUUAAAGGGAGGAUGCUAAUUCUUCUCUGUAGCUGCUUAUUUAUUCAUUUUACAACUUUCUGAGUUGAUCAUCGUAGCAGCAGACUGUUGUUUGUGUUUGGUGUCUAGGUUCUGAUCCGUCCGUCUGAUUUUAUGAAUAUUUUGCUCAUUUUAUUCUGAUAUAUCACUCAGUCCAUUUAUCGUUACUUUAACAUCAAACUGCAGGGUAUUUUGAUUCUACUCAGUCAAGCGGAGUUACGUCUGUUUGUGGUUAUUUUUUUCUCCGCUAUUUUUGUGAAUGUAGCUUGGUAGCUGCCUGGCUUUAAGGGAUGUUGGCGUUCCCAUUCUCAUACAGUCCCAAUAAACCCUCCCCAGCUAAGACGACUGAAUCUUUGAGGCUGUUCCAGCUAAGAAAAGAGUCAGGGGGAAUCACUGCAGUGCCGCUGCAGGCUUGCCAAUUCUGUAACAGUGAAAUAUAGCAGACUUACUACAGCAGCUUACAUACACCAGAGAAGAGCAAUACUCAGCAUUUACAGGCUCAGAAAACUGAAGGACUGCUGCUUUCAAUUGAUUAAAUAAGGCUGAUUUACAAAGGGUAAAACCAGGUCCAGGGCUCUAAAUCAACAUCUGUUCCUGGUCCGCAAAUAAAUUAAGGAUUGCAGACAUUGAAACAGAUCAGAAAAUGUUAUUAAACAUCCAGUCAGACAGACAUUUGCUUUUAAAUCAGGAACGGACAUUUUUUUAUCUUAUACAAAGACAUGAAAUUUGGCACAUCUUAAAAUUGGUUUAGUUUUAAGGUGCAUUAGAAAAGAAGAUUUUUAUCAUUUUUAGUCUUUUACCAUUAGAACAAGCUUUUCCUCUCAGUCCUCAUCACUGUGCUAUUCUGGGGACAGUCUGCAGGGAUGGUUUCUCUUAAACGGAUCUGAACACCAGCAGAUCUCAGCUUUUUUCACAGAUAUGCUCAACCUCCCUUUGCAAACCGCUCACAUAUAAUAAACCUGGAUUUCAUGAAACGCAGGCGAAGCUACAAACAGUAUUUAACAUGACGGCAGGCUUCUGUUGUGGAAUUGUUCUGUGAUGUUAAAAGGUUGGUUUGAAGUCUGUAAAAAAAACACAUCAAUGUGUUGCUCGCUAAUGUCUUAAUGAGCGCGGCUACUUUCCCGAGGACAUCUGUACUGCUUUUGAUUUUUAACAGAGCGUGACAUGUUGUCUGAGCAAGCAUUUGGGUUUCAUGUAACAUCUGUGUCUUUGUAGCUAUUCCUGCUUGUGUAUGCAUUGCGUAACUGUCUUUUUAUAUUUGCACUUUUUUGACAAUGCUUGGGUUCUGCCUGUGGACAUGCAGGCCCUUUCCAUUUAACUACUAGUAAUAAUAGUAGUAAUAAUAAUUCUAGUUUACUGUCUCAGCUGACCAGAACAGGGCUGAAUAACUUUUGUCAUUGGGUGUUCAAGGAAAGUUCAGCUCCUCUUUACAAACAUUAUUAGACAGGGCACGCAGGCUUGAGGACAGACUAUUGAGGUAGCUUGAACUGGGGGCAGAGGGGAUAAUAACAGUGCUUCAGAUUGUGAGUCAUUCAGCUGUAGAAAGAUCCAAUAUUUGAUUUCAGUCUGACGGGAUAUAAUUUAAGAAACAUCAGAGGUGCCAGGCUUGAACGGGGCGUCGAGCUGAGAGUUUGUUUGGACCAUACAUUUGCAGGAUUUGCCCCUAAAACUGUCGUCCUUUAUAUAAUUUAAAGACAAAGCAGGCCUCUCAUAUUUUGCUCAGUAGUCGACUGUAAGCUCAGUUCGACAGUCCCUGCAGGAGAAGUGACUGUGGGUGAAUAAAGUUGACUGAUGACUCCAAAUAUUCUGUAGGGGAGAGUGUGAAAUGUUGCAUGCCAGUGCAUGUUGGCCUUGGGAUAGACUGACUGUUGUGCCUUGUCUCAAUAGCAGAGACAUGGAUUGUGUUAAAGUUUCCUUGCGUGUCAAUGAGAGUCUGCUUGUGUUUGUGAUUUCCAUCUCUAGUCUGAGAUGCUGCUGCAGCACCAGUCCAACCCUUGUAUCGUAGACAACGCUGGAAAAACACCACUGGACCUGGCCUGUGAAUUUGGCAGAGUUGGGGUAAGAACUUCUAGUUUUAAUUCAAAAGAAAAAACUAAAAAGAAACCACAGCAAAGAUUGAAUGUUUUUCUUGUUUUUUUCUCUGUGUAGGUAGUCCAGUUGUUACUCUCCAGCAACAUGUGUGCUGCUCUGCUGGAGCCCAAAAAAGGAGACACCCAUGACCCUAACGGGACAUCUCCGCUCCAUCUGGCUGCCAAAAACGGACACAUAGACAUCAUCAGGUACACACACAUAAACACACUUCCUGAUGUUGCUUUAUCCACAAACACUGUUUCUAAUGAAUUGCGAACUUCAAAGUCCACCUAAGCCUGCUGGGAAAAUAAUUAUAUAACACAACAGAGGUACUAUGUAAUCCAGUUAUGAUGGGAGGCAUGUGCUGCCGUACAGUUACGUUUCCAGUCAGAUGCUCCUUAAUUGUUUUAUAGAGUGGAAAACUGCAGAUCCGGUCCUCUGUCACACUAAAUGUCAGCUCAUAAUAACCUCCUCUCAGCUGGGAAAUGAACCCAACUUUUGUUUAUGUUUUUGCAAAGGGAGCAUCAUGCUGAAGUGACUUUUGUUGCCAAGGUGACGUCAGCAUCGGUGCAUGUGCCAGGGCAAAAAAAAAAAAGUCUGUUUUUACUUUCAUCACUCCCAAUCGCAGCUCUUAUGUGUGUGUUUGUGUAGAAGUGAAUGCAGAAGUUUGCUUGGCUGGCAAACGCAGACAGAAAGUGAUGGAAAUUGAUAAGAGAUGGUAGACUAGCGAGGAACGAAAAGAGAGAGAGAGAAAGGGAGAGGGCUGGGAAAAAUAAUGAGAGAGAGAAAGAGAGAGAGGUUUAAAACAGGAAGAAGGGAGUAGAGAGAGAGAGAGAAAGAGAGAGAGAGAAUAAAGCCUGUCAUAGUUGAUAGAGCAAAGCGUGCCUCUCCAGAAGUGACUCUGAUUAAUGAUUGUAAAGCAGGGCUGGCAGUUUGUGGAGGAUACACACUCACAUGAACAAACACACAGAAGCACUGACUUCAGGUCAGUCGGCUGAAGAGACAAACUAGAUGUGUUUGGAGGCUUAAAUCAACGAUAAAGUGUUCAACCUUUUGCCUUUCCUGGGCUCUGUUUUUAAGAGUUUAAGGAACUGACUGUCCUGCAACUUUUAUUGUUAACCAUGGUCAGCUUCUUCUCACAUUUACUGAAAUUAUCACACCCAGCUGUUUGAGUCAGUGAUUAAAUCUUUUUUAAGAAGGACGGUCUCUAACAUCUUCACGCUCUCACCUUGAAUAAUCCGUGCACUACCUCCUCACCGUCUCUGCUCUGUCCUCUCUUUUUAUGCGUCCGACUUCCUUCCCUCACUCACUUCCUCUUUCCUGCGCCCCCUUGUCUCCCGCUGUCAGACUGUUGAUCCAGGCGGGUAUAGACAUCAACAGACAGACCAAAGCGGGCACUGCCCUGCACGAAGCUGCCCUGUGUGGAAAGACUGAAGCAGUGAGACUCCUGCUGGAGGUAAGUGGAACUUUAUAGACGGCCUUCUUUCACAGAUCUCCUGGUUCUGGUUCUGGUUCACAUAAAGAAACAUUACAAACAGAUUAGCAUAGAAAAAAAUGUAACACUUUACAACAACCUAAACUUAUAAAUGGUAAAAUGACCAUUUAUAAAUGGUAAGAAGAUAGUUUAUUAAUGUUUAAUCAUCAUUUAUAAAUAGCAUAUAGACCAUUAAUAAAUUGUACAUUUUACAAUUUUAAAAACCUAACCCUAACUUUACAACCAUCUAAGUAAUGUUUAUAGAUGGUAUAUAAACCAAACAUGAACCAUUUACUAAGUGCUUCUGACACACAUUUAAAUCUAGAUGUUUUACAACCAGUAUUUAAACCCUAUAUAAACCUUUAAUAAAUAGUCCAUUAACAAUUGAUGAAAAUUGUUAAUCAUAAUUUCAUUGCUUGUUAAUGGUAAAGUAACUAUUAACUUACAUAAAUAAACUAUCUAUUUGCCAUUUAUAAUUGGUCUAUAUGCUGUUUUUAAAUGAUGAUUAAACAUUAAUAAACUAUCUGUUCACCAUUUAUGAAUUAUGGUAAUUGUAAAGUGUUACCAAAAAAAAAAAUUGGAUCAAAAAAUACUUUCUAAAAUAAGAGGGAAUCUUCCCAUGUGGAGUAUUUUUGAUAUUUGAUUAAAUUUGAGGGUUUGAGCAUGCAUAAAUCUUCAGCCAGACAUAGUUAUGCAGUUAUUACUCUCCUUCAUUUAUAUUUACAACUGCCCUCCUGAAGGUGUAGUUCCUAUGAUGUUAAUUUUUUGUAGUUAAAAGUGUAUAUAGCUCAUAGAAGGUGGCAAAAAUGACUAAAUUGAUCAAACUUUGCAUACAGUCCACACAGAAAUAAUACAAAAAACAAGUUUAAUGUAAUAAAUGCACUAAAAGCUGACUAGUUAAGUAAUUAAACCCUCAAAAGGCUCUUAAAGGCGUUUGUUUUGACCAUGUUUCUGCUGUUUUUGGGCUUUUGUUUUUGUCCGACUUUAACAUCAUGAUAAAGGAUCCCUCCUAAGGGGGUUUCUGUUAAAGAAAUACAUGAAGUGCAAUUGUAGGGCGAGGCGUAUGGCCGUUUAUGAGAGAUGUGGAAAAUCCCCUCUUCCCCAUGUGAGACAUCCAUUUGUGCUGGUGACUUGACAUGCCACAGGGUGUAUGAGAACAAAGGGUGUAAUAUGUUUUAACCAGAGCAGGAGGAUCUUACUCAGUCAGAGGUCAGGGGGGAGUCUUUGACCUGAAAUGUCUUCACAUUGAGUUUUCAUAGUGCUCCUCUUCAUCACCAAUUCAUCAUUUGGUGUGCGUCAUCGGCCUUUCUCGCCCCACAUUUCAGGCUGUCUUAUCAGGCUUUUUUUUUUAUCGAGAUAGAAAAGAUCAAAACAGAUUUUUAUUUUCUCCUCCUGAUCACUCAACCCCACCUUCGUUUCUCCUCUGCAGAGUGGCAUCAACGCCACAGUCAGAAACACCUACAGCCAGACUGCACUGGACAUCGUCUACCAGUUCACUGCAACACAAGCCAGCAGAGAGAUCAAACAGCUCCUGAGAGGUGGGAUGAUGAAUGGAUGACGGAUGAUAGAAUAUUGAGCAUGUUUCGUGAUCAUACUGAUGUUUUGUCCCUCGUCUCCCUCCGUCUUCAGAUGCAUCAGCUGCCCUUCAAGUCCGAGCUCUGAAGGAUUACUGCAACAAUUACGACCUGACCAGCCUCAACAUCAAAGCAGGAGACGUCAUCACGGUAUAACAUGCACACAAACACACACACACACAAACAUAUACUCACAUAGUAUUUCUGACAAACAAAUAACCGCCUGCUGAACUCUGUAUGCUCAUAUUUAUAAGGUUUAUAGUGAUAACAUUUUUAAUAUCAAGUGAAUUAAAUAUUUAUCAAGAUUUUGUUUAGUUGUUCAGCUCAACUAAUUUUAUGCUAAUUAGUUAUAACAGCAGGAACAGACUUUUUUAAAUGACAGAUAUUAAUUUGGAGUUUUUGCUUCUUCGUGAAAUACUGGCUGAUCCGACCUUUUUCGGGUCUCUAAGAAAGUCAUCAAAAUAAAACAACAUUAGAGUAAAAAAACACUUCGAUAUUGAUUUCUUCUUCUUUUCUUUGCUCAUGACAGGGUUAACUGUUUGAAGAUGUGAGUGAUGUUGAUAUAACUUAUACUCAUAUUUUGAAGGUCAAACUCAGAAUAAGUUUAGACAGCACUUACUGAAGGCAGAGCUGCUCACUUUGCUUUUUCUUGUUCUGUUUUCCAGAGGGAGCUAUAGGUCAAGCACAACUUCUGCAUAUGAAGUAUAGAUGUUAUUUAAUCAAUAUUAUAUGCAAAAAAUUGUAACUCAAGAGAGCAAAAAAAGCCUAAAAGUAGCAGUAUAAAAAUGCCUGUCUUAAAUCACUGCUCUGAGUGAAUUCCCAGAGUUAGUUUUGUGCUUCUUUAAAUGUUGCUUCCCAGUUUGGCGAGACUAUAGAUGAAUAUACAUAAAUAAGCGGUUGAAGCCUCCCUCAUUUACUGUGAAUUUGUUCGACAAAGACGUGUAUUUUUAUGCUACUUUGCAGUCUGCCAGCCGAUCAUGAAUAUUCAUGAGCCUUUAUACAGCCUUUGGGAUUUCAUAGUCAUAAAAAAGCAAAGUUGUGCCAAUGCUUCUUUAAGUGGUUAUCAGAUAAAAAUAGCCUGAAGGAAACCUGAUAAGAAGUGUAAAUUUUAAGAAGUCACAGCACCGCAAAUACCUGUAUGUUUGUUUUUAUUUCAGUAAACGAGAGUGUGAAACUUUCCUCUUCGCAGGUUCUGGAGCAGCAUCCUGAUGGACGCUGGAAAGGCUGUAUCCAUGACAACCGGACAGGAAAUGACAGAGUGGGUUACUUCCCUUCCACCAUGGUGGAAGUCAUCAGCAAACGCACAGGUAUGUGAGCUCUCUUCAGUGUGUGCGUGGGAAUGCAGAAGUUACUGAAAACUCAACAUUUGGGCGUAUCAGUUGGAAAGAGUGCUGAGUUACAUCUUAUACACUUAUUUAGGUAGAAACAUAGAAGAAGAGAUGAGAGACGUAUUCCAAAGGAAAAAAGGGCGUUUCUCAUAAACCUCCUGAUGUGAACACCAAACGAAACUCUCCUUUAAGUUUCCAUUUCCUGGAUGAAUACAGGUUAGAGUGAAAAUCCUAUCAGACAAAUCCUCUCCUUUCAUCUCACACACCGGGAUAUUGUUCACAAAUUAUUAUCUUGCUCUUUAACUGGACCUCAGCUUCCCUAAAAGAAAACACAGGACCCUCAUAACUUCAGCCUGAUGAUAAAAACCUGUGAAUGACAAACAGGUCCCCAGAUGAUGUGUUUUUCUUCUUCCUUUUAAACACCGGGUUUACUCUCUGAAUAAUUUUUUUAGCCUCUCUCCAAACAGAUUCAAGUACAAAACUGUCAACUGUACAGAUAUCUUGUUAGUCACUUUCUUUCUCAGGGUUAUUUUGGAAAAAUUACGGUACUUUCAAGCAUUAGACUACAGAAGAGUAGAUGUCCUUGCAAUGACUUCACCAGCUAACUACCUGACGUUGGCAAGCUUACACCGAGGUUUGGCUUGUUGAGCCAGCCUCCCCAGCAAAUCUCUGACUUCAGCUUAAGGCUAAACACGGCAUUCUUUAAAUGUGAUAACAACUGGUCAGAACACAUGGAAGGAAAGCUGAUGGGAUUAAAUAAGUGAAUUCACCAAAUAAUCAUCAUGUUUCACUGAAGAAUACUUUUAAGAUGCAUUUGGGAUGACCAACUUUCUCAAAAACUUUCAAACAAGCUAAACUUUUGAUUUUCUCUGUCGUGUAAUAUGCAUAUAUUUAAGAGCCAGUCAGCUUGAAGUAGCAUAGAAACUGGGAACAGACAGAAAACAAAACCUGAUGUCUUUCAUAUAUAUAUAUUUUUGAAUGCUAAGCUCAUGCUUCAAUCUCAGAAAGAAAUCGUUUAAACUCUUUACUCCAUUCGAUGUCAGCGUGACAAGCUUCUGACCUCUCCGGUGAGAUCUACAGAGCACAUUCACAUCAGCAACACCAUCAUUCCUGUGUCAUUCACAGUCGCAAAGAAGCUCAGAUGUUUAAGUUGUUUACUGAUGAUUGUCUGUAGGUAUGGUAUCUGUCUUUCCAUCUGUAUGUUUCUAUGUAGUAUAAUGUCUUUGUCUCCAUCUAUAUACUUGUCUCUCUCUGUAAAUGUCUGCAUUCAGCCUUCAUAACAACUCAUCCUCUGAUCAUCAGCCUCUUUCCUCAUUGCUUCUACAUCGUGUGUAGUUCAUGUUUAACUGUGAAACCUGCACCAGUUACAGGAAAUGCCAUUGCGGCUGUUUCUCUCCUUACAUACAGUUAAGAGCAGCUGUGGAUACAGUAGAAAACAGCUUGAAAUCCCCCACUCAGCUUGAACAGCCAUACUGACUAAUCACAGCCCUGCACACUUGGGGCUAUAGCAGCUGUUUUAGCAAGAGGUUUCAUUUACUCAACUGUUUUCAUCAAUUUUUAAUUAUUCCUUUUCUCAUCCUUCUUCCCCAGUCAGUGUCUUCUGCAUGUACUCCACGUCUCAUCCUUUUAUCUCUUCACAAGAAUGGAGAUAGGACAUCAUUUUAACCAAAAUAAAUAACAAAUUAAACAUUAGCUUGAGAUAAUUACUAAGAAAUAACUUUCCUUGAAGUGCUCCAUUAUUCAAGUCCAACAUAAUGUUGCAGCAGGCUGUAAAAACAAAGUAAAACGCUGUUAGCUAAUUUAUAUGACCACAAGAGCGAGAAGUUACUUAUAUAAGGUCAGAUGUUUGAUUGCAAGGUCUGUCAAAGACCUACAACACAUGGAAUCUUUCUAGUCCACGUGCAGGAACUGCUUAAGAUCCUUACCCUGAUCAACCUGUACCUAAAUAUAGCCUAGCAACAAACCUUACUGUGGCUCCACUGAGACAGCUCACCUCAGUAUACUUAAUACAGGAUAUUUUCUUUGUGUGCGUCAAUGUGCAGCAUUGACGUCUAUGGUUUGAAGUCUUUAUGAAGCAGAGCAGAGCAAGGAAGAAGUGAAGAUCAUAUGUCUGUAGGAAGGCCGAGCUUUCGGGGCAUCGUUGUGGUAGUGUCAGUGCACAGUCUGCUUAAAUUUAUAUUUUAAAUGGUUAGUUGUCUCAAAGUUGACACAUAUGUGUGGACGGUGCGUUGAAUAUCUACAAAGUUAUGCAGCUAAUUUCCCGUAGGCAUCGCACAGGUAAACAGCUGCAUGUAAACUGGAAUAGCCACAGUUUUCGCUCAAUGCUGAGUGGAAGUAUGAUUUUGCGGUUAGGGAAGAAAUGCUAGCAUCAAGCUUGCAUAGUAGUUUUCACGUUUUAAUUUGUUGUUUGAGUUCAGCUCUCAUGGUGCGUUCAAAAACCUCAGCUUGCCUGGGGGCUUGGUAAAUGCACCAGUUUCAUGCAAUGGGACUUUUUUUUAUUUGACAGCCAACAGAACAUCUUUAUUUUUCAGUGUGUCUGCUGUAUCUUAAACCAGUAAACACUUCCUGAUAUACUGUGACGUUGCACAAACACCGUUCUACAUGGUAGCCACUGUAGCUUGCAGUGGUAUCUUCUCACUUUGACGUUUUCUCCGUCACAAAAUAAAACUUAAACCCAAGCCCAUGCUAAAAGCAGAGGACCUUUCCUGGUCAUCUCCCAUACAGCCUCCUUGGACCAUUUCCACAUUCACCAUGGAUCACUCACGUUUUCGCCUCUCCAUGCAUUUCAUUUUCAAGAACAUCCACAUUCGUUUGUCUUGUCUUUUUCUUCGUUCUUUCUUCGUUCAUCAGUGGUCUCCACCAUCUUUCAUUGUUUUGUUUAACUUCAGUCUUUGUUUUGAAUUUCUUUUUUUCCUCCUUUUUCUUACUUGUAAUUCUCUGUUUUGUUGUUUGUUUGUUCCGUGGCGGUGGAUCACUGUUGGCUGGUUGUGUGUGUGUCGGUGUGUCGUCACGGUGGGUGUUAUCUAGGUUUGGCCAGCACAGUCAUUUGCACUCAACAGUUUCAAAAGAUACCGCUGGUUCCUCCGGCGACGGUUGCCCCUGCCAACGCGGUAGUCAACGGCAACGACACCACGUUCCAUCAGAUCCAUAUCCUGCCUCCACCGCCUCCUCCUCCACCACAUUCCCAUCAGCCACUGCUUCCACUUUUCACUUCCUUUGGCUAUAACAAGUCGCCCGUGACAACCCCACAGGGAGACACACCCACUGCCCCAGGUACACGCCCCCUUUUCAUUAUUAUUAUUAUUAUUAUUAUUAUUAUGAAAGCUCUAAGGGAUGCUUUCCCUCGGCCAUUUUUAUCGUGUAUCUGUUUGUAAAAUCGAUUUCCGAUUGGUCAUGAAAAAUUCCAAUUGGUGUUUACGAUGUUUUGAAGAAGGCAUCCUUUAAAGUUUUCUUUUAUGAAUCCUUAUUUACGUAACUUUAAGAAAUUGUGUUGCUCAUACUGUGUAACUUUUCUUUUUUGUUUUUGCUGUUGUCAUCUCCAUCACUUAGAGUCUGAGUCAGCUUCAAACAGGAGCCUGGAGAAAUUAGGGCACGUCUUUGUUAUUGUGAUUGUAAAAAUGACAGCAUAGGGACGCUCCACUGACAGAGUGUAUAUUUUUAAGCAUUUUACACAAUAUAGCUGACAAAAACACUCUGUUCGAGGUCAUUUUAAUUGACAGUCUGUCUUAUUGGGUCGUAUUGGGUUAUAACCUCCUAUGACUCAAAGAACUUUACUGGAAAACAAAACAGAGGCAUAGAGGGAAGCAAAGGUAAUGUCCUAGCAUUAGCUUGUUUAACGGCUAUCUUAGGUGCUCCCCCUCUCCCUCUUUAAUGGUAGUAAAAUCAUUUGAGCCAUGCCUCUUUGUCAUUUAUUGGUUGUUGUAGCUUUAUACACGUAGAAUUCAGAUAUUACAGGCUUCAGAGUAGUUCGUCAUUAUGGAUGUGGUUUCCUUUUGAAUAGAAAUUAGUAAGAAGGACAGCUAAACACUUGCCAUCGUGCUCUGUUCACCUGAGUUGGUUUGCGCUUCAUGGUUAUUUAAUUUUUUGCCGUUAUUAUUUUCUUUCCCCCCUGUUUGUUCUUUCUUCCUGUCUUCUUUGUCCCCCUCCCCCCGUACCUCACUAUUGUCCCAAUCACCGAAACGAUCCUGCAAGUGUUUUAAACACAUAUUCAUUCUCCACGUUUUUCUCUUGACCAAACUGUGAGCACAAACGUUUCUUCUGUUGUAACCUUGUCUCUUGUGCUACUCUCAUGCCUGAUCAUCUUAACAUCACUUUUACUGACCUUGCACUUAUACCCUUAAUGUAAGCUUCCUUGAAUGUUUAUUGUAGUCGUGAUGGUAGGAGGAAAGACGCCUAAUCAAUCUGGAUCAAAUUACUGAAUAUAUUGUGACUGUAUUAUUCUGUAGAAAGAUUACAGCUGUUGCUUUAAUGCUUGCUUAGUUUGUUGUAAGGCAUGUUGGAUUUAUUUACCCGAUAUUUAAAGUUUGGCAAACACCACCAGAAGUGUCUGAAACAAGAGAAAUCAUGCUUAAAAAUGUUAGACAUGCAGGAAAGUAGCGAGCAAUGAACUGUCAAGCACAUACACAUACAGUUUUUAAAAACGUCACCCAGGAUGAUUUGCAGGUAAGGCAUUUGCUGAGUUAAAGCUAUAAACUACUUUGUGAAUGGACAUCUUCACUGGACAUGGUUUUGUUUCCUCCAGGAGAUAAAAUAUCUGUGGUGAAAAACGAGUAGAAAUAUUGGCAUACAUACAUGCAUAUAUUGGCGCUGACUACGAUUAUUCACGACAAAAAUGGCAGAUUUUUUUUAAUUCCAAAUGAUUCAGAUAACAACAAAAACGACCAAUAGUCAUGAAGUGAAGACUGAUCGGUCCCUUAAGGUCACUUGGAGGGAUACAAAACGGCCACAAGAAGGAGCUGCAGCAUUACAUGACAGCAAUGGAACUUUUUAAUGUGUGUGUUUCACUAGAGCACUGUUGGUUCACACAUAUAAACCAUUUAUAAAUCCUUAUUCUGAGGGUUAUAAUGGUUUAUGACUCUCUUCAAAUGCACUACAGCAGCCCCAUUCUGACAAGAUUUACAUAUAUAAUCACACACAUAUGGAUGCAUUAUAUAUGUAUGUGUAUGUACAUAAUGGCAUAUAUGUGUAUAUACACAGAUAUUCAUGUUAUGGAUUUAUUUAUGUACUUACGGUAUAUAAAUGUUUUCAUAUAUCUAUAUCUAUAUAUGCUGUAUUUUUUCUGUGUGUGUGCCUGUGUGCGUGUUUGUGUGUGGGUGUGCAUGUGUGUGAGGAUCAAAGUGUGGUUGGUGAGCGUGAAAAUGAUAUAUCCUUUUUUAAAGCCUCCUUUACCUUCCUUUACCCACUGAUCCUGCUCGUCCUUCUUCUUCAUGAAUUUGGAAACUAUUUUAUUUGCUCCAGCUCGAUUUUAAACUUAAACAGUUUUAUAUUGAAGUCUACGCAAGAUUUGCUAUAGGGAUAAAUACAAAGUAAGAAUUGCUUGAGCCAACUUUAAAGCAAACUGUUUAUGAAAUAACUACAUUUGAUAUGACAAGGGUGGUCAAAAUUUUCCAUUUUUUAUUCCUCAUAGCAUAUAUUUAUACUUUUUUGAUGAUGAGUUCGCAGUGAUUUAAAUUUAGCUACAAGAGGAGCUAGAUUUUCAACUUAAGACUACAAAAUCUCACCAGGUUUGGAUUUUUUUGUCCUGCUUCACUGGCCCAGUUUAUGAAGUCACCAUCCUUCUUUCUUCCUCUGCUCAUUUUUGAUACCAAAAGGAUACCAAAAGGCCAGUGUAGGGGCAGUUAGCAGCUAACAGUGGUGUUCUGUGUUAAAGGUUGUCGCGGCUCAGAGGCAAGUCCUCACAGCUCUCCUUCCCCAUCCAGUGGGCCCCAUGGAGGCUCCAACGAGGAGAUCUGGGUACUGCGCAAGCCUGUGGCAGGUAACUAAGCCGCGCUGCGCAGAGCCCUCAGUCCCUGACUCCUUAAAAGUCUGACCAGGGAUUAAACAGUAUCUGACAGUAGUUCAAAUAAGGACUUUUUAGCCUCCAAGUGUCCCCAAGAGCAUCCAACACUUUCUUUGACCUAUAAAAUAACCUCAUUUGAAAACUCUCAGAUACUCUUUGACCUGCUACUAGUCUCCCAUGUCCUGCUUAUCUCUCCAUCUGUAGCCUAGCUCAACUUAGUGGCCUUAUGUGUAGGACUGCAGCCAUCUGCAUUGGUCUAUAACCUGUGUGUCUUUCCAACUGGAUGUAUGGAGAUGUUCUGGAUGGAGAAGUUUGGAAAAGUGAGGAAACAGAGAGAGAGAGGGAGGGGAAAGGCGAGGGAAAAGAUACGUGUGAGUGUUGGGCAUGAAAGCAAAUGGUUCGUCUUGCUUCCUCCACUCCUGUGUUUGCUGCUCAGUCGUCUGUCAACCGGUCAGUUUGUCUGUCUAUCCGUCCAUCCGUCUGUCUGUCCUGAUCUAUUCAUCCAAUCGACCACAUGCUGCCCAGUGCAUUUUAACGGAGAGUCACACCUGUUACUUCGCUGCUUUUGGAAAUCAGCUAAACCACUCGACGUGUGUGUGCCUGUGUGUGUGCGUGUGUGUGUAUGUGUGAAUGUAUGCAUUCAUCUGGUUGUCGCAUGUGUGCAUAUGUACGUACAAAAACUAUGUGUUGUCUUGGUUGCAUGCAUGUGUGAAUGCACGUGAAUGUUUAUGUGUUUGUGCAUUUGUAUGUGUGCGUGUGUGGGUGCGUGCGUGUGCGUGUGUUGCAGGUGGAGAUCGCAGCAGUGUGGGUAGUUCUGGGAGUGUCACCAGUGUGAGGUCAUCAGGCAGCGGUCAGAGCGCCGGCAGUGCAGCGCACAUCCUCCAUGCACAAGCUGAGGGGGUGAAGGUACGGCACACAAAGAUGUCGAUACAGGAACACCAUUAACUUGAUGAACGGAUGAGGGGAAGGGGUCUUAAUAUCUGGUAUUUAAAUGAAUACCAGGAAAAUAUCCUUAGUUUUGAAAAAUAUCCUAGACCUAUGAGGAAAAAAAGUUCUGAUAAAAAGUAAAAUUAUGUUCUUCUUUCUGAAUUAAUGAGUCAAGAUAACUUGGUUGCAUAAAAACGUAAAUCACCAGUAUUUUCAUCAUUUGCCCAAUUGCCCUUUAAAGGCAUGGUUGAUGAUCUGAGAAGCAGUUGAAAAAAACUGAGCCAUUGAGGCAGAUUUGAAAAAGCGUCCCACCCCCCACACACAAACCUCUCCCCUCGGUGCUCCACGAUAACUCCCCCCUGAACCUGCAUCGCCCUCCCCACGACACACCCCCUCUGGCAGAGCAAGAAGCUGGCCGGCAGAAGAUCCUAUGCUAGCUUCAAAUAGGAUUCACCGUGUUGGAUUGCUAGUGACUAGCGGCAGUAAACGCCUGCUCUGGCAGCGAGCACCUUCUACAGCUGCCUGGACAGCAACCAUGUUUACACUGCAGAGACUAAUAAGAGUUAUUUAUGUAACAUGUGCCAUGAUAAAAGGCAAAAAUGACCUGUUCAAGAAAAACUCUGCUGUCUUGGCGUCUGUUUUCAGGCCCAAAUCCUGGCGGAGCUUUCUCUGCCUCGAUGACUCGUUGUUUGUUCGAGUUAGAUUCCUCGCUUGGUCACAUUUCCUCUUCGACUCUGCCCUUUCUUCUGUGGGCUUGCAUUUUUUCUUAGCACUUUUGGCGGUGGGACAAGCAGAAGUAUUUCUUUGCGUCCUUCUCUAUCGCAGCUCCUGUAGCUAAGCCGCUACACUACUUUUGACGCUCAGAGCUCCAAGGAGGGCCGGGAGAGUGGAGAGUGGGAGGGAACGAGUCGGAACUACAGGAGAGGGGUGUGUCGAAUACAGCGAGGUGAUUGGAUGGAGAGGUGGAGCAGGAGCUGUCCGGGGCGGAAGGCUCCCAUUGGUUCAUAAUAAUUACCAAGCUCUCCAAUUGUCAACCAUGCCUUUACGUCUCCACAUUGCGAGCCCAGACAUAUUAUCUUCCAUCCAUGAAGUAUGCCACGCUUUGGCUCAGCGGAUCAUGGAGAAACACUGCGACACCCUGCAGAUCAAAAUCAAAAUUUCAGCCACGGUUUGACCUUGUUUUAUAACUGCCACUUAACAUAUACCUUUGGAAGUUACAUCUUCAUGUAUUAGGAUUUUAGCUCUUGAAACUUUAACCUACUUUAUUAUGAAUGUGUGGGUAUGAUUUGAUGACCCAGCUCUUCCAUAUGCAAAUAUCUAUAUUUAGUUACCUGCUGCAUGUCAUACAUUAUCAGCAGGUGACCACAAGUGAGGCACUUUUAAAACCUACCGAGGCUGUCACUCUGUAUUAUCAUCAUGUCCUGUUAGAGGUACUCACACGCAGUCUUUCUGGGGGUCUAAAAAAAACUAUGAUGUACCUUUAUCUGGUUUUACUGCCCACAAGUGAUCGAAAAAGAUUCCUGCUUUAUCGUGAGAAAAUGUUAAUUUCUCCACAUCACUACAUGCUGUUUAAAGACGUUUGUGUUUAUGUCUGCUUGUGUAUAUUUUCAGCUUCUAGCCACCGUUUUGUCCCAGUCUGCUAAAGCCAAGGAGCAUCUAAUGGAGCAGUCCAAGUCUGUGGACCAGCCACCAGGUAGGACAGGGACCAGACUGAAGGGAGAUCCUUCAGUUUUUGACCGCUUUUAACUUCCUCUCGGGUGUAAAACAGGGGAAAGAUCAGAAAAAUAGAGUGAUGUUGAAAAAUUAAGAGUCAUUAUCUACUGGUCUUUUGAAAAUAUCAUGUAUAUGACUUCCCCACACUCACACUUGUACACACACAGAAAUCUUGGCUGGUUUAGCAGACAGAUGGCCAAGGCUGGGGAUGUAGGAGGAAGUGUAGAGGACUAUGAUUCGUUGAGUUUUUUUUAUAUCUUGCAAUGCAGGAAUAUGAUUGGUCGAUAUCAAAGUAAUAGAGUAAACUGAAAUCAAUUGGUUAACGAGUCAGAGCGGGGAAAAGUAAACCCAUCUGUUGAUUGAUCCAAAGUGUGCAGUGAUAGGGCAACAGCCUGAAACUGGCCAAUGGUAUUUCUCCCGCCAGGCUCUGCCAGCUCCUCUCGGACAUCUAGCCAAUCGGGAUGCCCACUCCAUGAGGCGCCGCCUUAUGACGCCACGGCAACCAGGAAGGGGGAGGUGCCAGGCGAGGGGAAGGUAGGACAUUUCCAAAUUGCAGCAAAUUCAGAUCUCUCUCCCUCUUACACACAAACACGCAUGAGUCACAUACAGAAAACACUCUCAGUUAACAUCUCUCUGCAUCAGAGUGACAAUGUAGCUUCUCAGUCACCUCAACCACAAUCCUGACUCUUCUUUGCACACAAACACUCUGACUAUAUAGUUUUAAAUACACACAAACAAACACACACUCACUCACACACACUCACAACAAGAUGUCCCAGCGGUUUCUCUCCCAACUGGCCUCGUCCGUUCUGCGAGUGUUCGGAUGCAGCCAUGAUACGGUGAGUGUGUGAGAGGAAGAUCUGCAGCUCGGUCCUGUUUGAAUCUGUAAACAGAAAAUCUUUGGUGUGUGUGUGUUUGUGUGUGUGUGUGUGAGUAAAAGAGAGAGUCCUUUCAUUCUUCUGUUUUAUCUCUUACCUGCUAUCCAUCCUUAUUCACUCCUUUUAGUUGCAGCUUCUCUUCUUGCAUUGCAGCAUUUUCCUUCGUUUGCAGAGAGAAAUGUCUCUUGAUUAGUGGUUGGUAGGUGUGCCUCAGGCAAUCAUAACUCAAGACUCGAGAUGUGUGUUUGUGUUUGUGUGCGUGCUUGUGUGUGGGAGAGCAUGAGCGUGUGCGGGCCCUGGCAGAUUCUUAACAGUGAGUCUGUUGUGGGCGUACUAGCUCCACACGGGGAAGUGCGAAGUCUGAGCUUACAUCAUGUACAGUAAGCUGCUGUUUUCUGUAGUGUACAUGUGCUUAGUCUAUGUCUAAUUAUUCAGUAACUUUAAACACGGUUAAUCAAAGAGCACGAUUAAAGAGCAGGUGGUCGUGAUGGUUCUGCUCGCAUUGAUUUCCUACAGUACCUGUUUAUGUGUGUGUGUAUGUGUGUGUGUGUGUGUGUGUUUGUGUGUGAGCGGGCUUGUGUGUGCUGUCAUCUAAGCCAUGUUCUCACGGCCAUCUGUCAGCUACAGUCCUGAUUCCUUAGCACCCGUCAUCCUAAUAUGUCCCUCAGCAGGGGUAAACAGGAUGGAUGAUGAGAAGCAGGGAGCUCUGAUGGUUAUUGAGGAGGGUUAAGAUUUAAAGUGAAGAAGAAGAGCAGAAGAGAUGGUCAGAAUGGGAAAAAAAAAAAACAAGAUGCAUGCAGAAUUUUGAAGAGGAAACAGGGAUGUGGGAGGUUACACUCAGCUCAUCUGUUGCUCUUUUUGCUACUUACAAUUUCUACCAGGAUGAAUUUAAUAGCUGUAAACCCUUCUAUAAGUGAAAACGCAUAGGCAAAAUGCCAAUCUGAAAACAGCUGAUGCUGUCACCAUGGCUACAUCAUGUACUCUUUCUGCUUGUUAGAACAAACUUACAGCAUCUUCAUUUUCCCAGCUGUUAGUUGGCUCGGUGUUUCCAAACUGCAUCAAAUCCUGUAGCUCUUGAGUGACCUUAAGCAGGGCCUUUCUCCUUCCUAACUUGGCCUGGUUUUCACUCCGGGGCCAAGCAGGGUUAACCAGGGCUUCCUGACGCUCAUUGGGAUGUUGAACAGAAAAAUAUAGUACCCAGAAUGCACUGCCUAUUUUACCCUGCUUGGCCCCGCUGAGAAAAAGUGGCAGUUGAAGAAGUCGACAUGGAGCCAGUGACAGCAUGCCCCCUGUCUUCUCUCCUGUAGAGCUCAGAGGCCGUUGUCCAAUGGCUGAGCGACUUUCAGCUGCAGGUCUACGCUCCAAACUUCCUGGGCGCUGGGUAUGACUUGCCCACCAUUAGCCGAAUGACCCCAGAGGUAAGGCUGCUGAACCCCACUCCCCAGCUAUACCCUUGACUCCCAGAGAGGUUGCAGACAUCCCCCCAAGGAGCACAAUGGAAACAAGUCUGCACGACUUUGAUUUGUUUUCAUGUUUUGGAGUUCAUGUUUGUAAGAUGCAUGAAUAAAGCUUUCUUAAAACAUGCUCAAAUGAGUUCAUGAAACUGGAGAACUGAUCUCAGCUAUACCUUUCUUUUCCUAUCCUGUUUGAACCUUACACCUGUCACCCCUGUUGUAAAAUCUCCUUCUCUGUCUGAAAACUGCAUGCAACAACUUUUGUAACUUUUAAGUCAUUCUUAGAGGGUUUAUUAUUAAUACAUGAAUGCAAAAGACUCAGAAAAAGUAUCAAUAUACUCUAUGUAAGGUAUAAUCUGCACAUCAGCAAUCUGUAAUUUCAUACUUUUGAAUUAUUCUUCAAUUCUGCUGACCCUAAUCCAGACCUGAGAAGUUAAUUCAGCAGUGACUAACAAGUGAAACUACAGAAACAUUCAUUACAGUGUUAAUUUACUGUGACUGACUAAAAAAUACAACCAAGUACAAAACAUGAGGGUGUAAAGUGGGAGAAAAUAGUGAUUUUAGCAAUAGAACGGAGAAAGUGAAAGACAGGAGAGACUGUUUGUAUAGUUUGUUUCCUGUUUGAACUGCAGCUACUUUAGUUCUGGUCAGUCUGAGGUCUUUAUAACCUGUUUAAUGAACCUAAAAGAAAUUUGAAAAAAGGUGGUCUAGAAAAAGGCUCAAUGAAGUUUACUGGUCAACCCUGCACAGUGAAGAUAAACACAUACAGACUGAUUGAUUGAUUUAACAGUGAAUGUAAUUUUAUUAUCAAAUCAAAUGAUAUUAUCUACAAACUUCAAUUCCUGUGAAGUUAGUAUGUUGUGUAAAACGUGAAUAAAACUAGAAUACAAUGAUUUGAAAAUUAUUUUUUCACCUAUAUUCAAUUAAAUACACCACCAAGACAAGAUAGUUAAUGUUCAAACUGAUAAGGUUUUCAAAUUUUUGCUCAUUUUGAAUUUGAUGCCUGCGACAUGUUCCUUAAAAAGCUGGGACAGGGUCAUGUAUCCCUCUGUGUUACAUCACCCUUCCUUUGAACUCUCAAUAAGUAGGCCAGUCUAGUACCCUCACUCUUUCAUCAUGAAGCCACACUAUUGUAACACGUGCUCAAUGUGUCUUGGUGUUGUCUUUCUGGAAUAAACAGUAAUGCUCCUGAAAAAGACGAGCUUAUGGACCUUUCAGCAUUAAUGAAACCUUCACAGAUGAGACAGAUACCCAUGACACGAGCACUAACACACCCCCAUACCGUCAUAGAUGCUGGCUUUGAACUUUAACCUGAUAACAGUCUGGAUGGUCCUCUUCCUCUUAAGCCCAGAGGACGCCACGACCAUGAUUCCCAAAAAGGCAUCGAAUUCAAAAUGAGUGAGUGAGUUUAUCAGUUUGAACAGGGUUUGCAAAUCACUGUAUUCUGUUUUAAUUCACGUUUUACACAACAUAGUAUGUGUUCACAUUCGUUAGCCCGGUCAUAAUAUUAAACACAAUUAGACCAAUUUUGUAUUCAAAUUGUAAAUUUUAACAAAAAGCAAUUUAAUUGUAAAAAUAAAUCUUUCUUCUGAACCUCACAACCCUCCCAUCACCACCAACUGCUCUGCUGCAGCUGCCUAUCCUGAGAGACUACAUUGGUGUUCUCCAACACAAUAACCUACAUACAAAUAAUUGAUAGCACAGAUUAAUUAUUUGUAUGUAUUCAUAUAUGUUCACUCCAGUGCUGUGCAUGCUGAACGGGUCGCAGCUGAGCUGGCUUUGAAAGGGUUUUGUUGUCGGAGACAUGUUGAAUCCCGGCCUCCUCUACUGUUGUGUCAUGUCUACAUAAAAUGAUUCACUUAUAUAACUAAGUGUGUGCGUGAGAUAACUGUCACAACUGUUCAUACUUGUGUGUAAGGAUGUCUUUGUCCCAAACAAUGAGCACUGAAACACAAAGAAAACAAACAAAGUAGACAAUGACAGGAUGAUGCAAUGAAUUGUUCAUAGGUUACACUUCCUAAUAAAGAAGCAAACUACAUGUUUUACUUCACGUACUUUGUUGUUAAGAAAGAGCUGGUUUAGAGAAUAUUAAACUGAAGAGAUGAGUUUGAAUUAUGGAGGAUCAAGCUGAUUUUUGUAGACGCUUCCUUUCCACUGCAAACAUUUACUUUGGCCUUUCUUGCUUUUUCACAUUAUUUUUAGACAUUUCCAUCCCUGCUCUGCUUUCUUGGGCUGACAGGAGCUUCCAUCUGAUGCCCUACUGUCACUCUGUCACUUGUUUCUUUAGUUUUCUUUUGAGUGUGAGUGUGUGCGAGCAUGUGUGUAUACGAUAGAUAGGUCGAUGCAUGGAUGGAGAGAGAAAAUUGUAGACACUUGGGAGGUUUUUAAUUUACUCCGGGAGAAAAGCCUGAAUGUGCCACUGCUGUAUCUCACUUGUCUGUACGUGUGUGUUUGUGUGUGUGUGUGUGUGUGUGUAGGAUCUGACAGCUAUUGGAAUAACUAAACCAGGUCACAGAAAGAAGAUGACAUCAGAGAUUAACAAGCUAAGUGUCAAUGAGUGGCUUCCUGAGCAGAAACCUGUGAGUAAACCUCGAACACACCAGCACUUUGCUUCAGACUAGAGUUACACUGAUAUAAAGUUUGGGGGGCAAUGUGUAAAUUUUCAAUGUGACAAUCCAUGUAAUGACUUAUUAAGCGUUGGGUGUAAAUGGACUGUAUAUUCAGCCCAUUUUCAUAGGCAAGCUCCCUCUGUGGGUGUCCACUGGACUAGUGAGCAGUCAUUUUUGUGGUGUUCCCAUAGGCCAGUCUGGGAGAGUGGCUGUCUGCUAUUGGUCUAAGCCAGUACCAUCAGGUGUUAGUGCAGAAUGGCUAUGAAAAUAUCGAGUUCAUCACUGACAUCACCUGGGAGGACCUGCAGGAAAUAGGAAUCACCAAACUCGGUAAGAUCAACUUUUCUUGAUAUAGAUUUUAAGUCCACUAUGAAGGUUACCUCAGGUCAAAGGACUGAAGUAUGUCUACAUCAGUGUUUGUGAUCAAUGAUAUUCACUAGAGAUAGUUUAUAUUGAAUGACUGAGCCUGUGGUUAAACUUCAUCAGUGACAGGACUGUAUAUAUGCUGAAAUUUAUAAGGAGAGGGCUACCCAGUAAUGCACUGAAAAGAUUAUAAUAUAUAGUGUAGAGCAGUGGUUCUCAACUGGUCUCACUCUGGGACCCACAUUUUCCCAUGGUCCUUAGGUCGCGACCCAUUUUUAUAGAAUUUAAACCAAGCAAAUUUAUUUGAUAUGAAAAAAACCUUUAAAGACUCAAAUCUUUAACAUAAAUACACCCGUUUUAUUAAGUAAAGUGCAUUUCAGAGCACAAGAACUACGGGUGACAACUGCUGAAGUUGCAUUUUCAGAAAAUAUCAAAUUGCACAAAAUAAAGACCAAAAAUUAAAUAUAUAUGUAUUUAUUAUUCAGGCCACAUUAAUACAAAAAAAAGCUAUUCUUCAAAAUAAAAGACAUGUCAAACAUUAGUAUUUACUUUUUUGACCAACUGUUCGCGACCAUUCCAUAACGUGUCCACGACCCACUUUUGGGUUGGGACCCACCAGUUGAGAACCACUGGUGUAGAGUAGACGUGUCAAAUAGGAAGUCUUAUCAUUAAGAAAUUUCCAAAAUGCUCAUCAAACAGGAGAAAGAUGUAGCCCAGUUGUUUAAAAAAGCUUUUUCCUUUAUCUAUUUCCUAUUUAUUGUCUAAAUUUGAUAAAAGUCUGAAUUAUUUUCCCUUUUGUAUUCAAUAUUUGUUUUUUAGAUUUAACUAUAACCAAAAGACAGGGAUUUUUUUAGCUGUUAUAAAGGAGAGAAUUAAUUGAUAAUGGUAUAGUAGCUGGUGUAGCUGUAUUACAGGGUGAGCUUUAGCUAGGUGACAAAGUAAAACAAAAACAGACUAAAGUGUGUUUAUCCAGAAGUUUUUCUGUUAGUGUUAACUGGUAUAGAUAUGUUGUAAAAUGUGAAAAAAUGGGGCUGUCAAUGUUUUGAUUUUCUUGUCUAAUAUUUAAAAAUUUCAGGCCACCAGAAGAAGCUGAUGCUAGCAGUGAAACGACUCGCUGAAAUGCAGCGCAGUUCUGAUGGGCGGGGCUCACUUAGAAAGAAGCCUCCACCAAUCACACAGCAGCAGGAAGUCAUGUCAAUGGACGGCCCGCCUGCAGACGGUAAGCCAACAGAUAAUCAUGAUAAAUACCAAAUGAGAUUUGUGUACAGUUAAUUUAUUUGAUACUCAUUCAAGGACUUCUUCUUUUUUCAGAGGUCAUGUCUCCAAAGAUGGGAACCUUCCAGGACAGCGAGUUGAGCAAAGAGCUACAGAACGCCAUGACUCAGCCAGGGCAAGAGGUCUGCAAGACUCAGCGGACUCGCACCCUCAGUGACGACCAUGAUGAGGUGAUGACACGAGGAGGAGGAGGAGGGGGAGGAGGAGGUGGGGGAGGUGGAGGAGGAAGUACUGGGCCACCCAAGAAGGAGGCACGGACUAUGAGGCAGCAAAGCAGCCAAGGCAGCACCUCCUCUCAUAGAGGGAGUGUGUCCUCGCAGGGGAAACACCGUCACUCCCACUCCCAUUCCCAGCCUGCGCCUCCCUACACUCCCCCUCACACCCCGACCAAGACAAGAACCUCCUCUUCCUCCUCCAGCUCAUCUGUACAGAGCACAGCGUCCCCACAGGCCAAACACAAGCCCUCCACCCAGUACAUCCAAGGAGAGAGACCUCAGUCGCCGCGCUCCCACCCGCCUCAGUCUCCGACUCACCGCGGUGCUCCAUGCCCCCAGCCGCAGCCCCAACAACCACAGCAGCCUCAAGUCCAGCUGCAGCAACAAGCACCACCUCAGCACCACCCACAGGUGCAGGCCAUGGAGGCGGGGGAGAACCAACAACCCCAGGUCCCACUUCUCUGCCUUCCACCUGAGGCUGAGCUGGCUGAAGGAGAAGGAGCAGAUCCUUCAGCACUUCAGCAGAAACGAGCUCACAGCCUCAACAGGUACGCCGUCUCGGAUGGCGAGUGUGACGAGAGAGGAGUGAGAGGUGGAGAUGGAGGUGGAGGUGGGGAGGUAGUCGGAGGUCAGGGUGCCCCUGUCGUCAGAGGCGAUGGAGUCAAAUACGCAACAGUGACCCACCGUGUCAGCCGCAGUCACUCUGUACGCAACCAGGACAAAACGGUCAACCGCAACCACACACAGUCUUUUGCUCUCCGUCAAAAGAAAAAGGGUCCGCCCCCACCGCCGCCCAAACGAUCUAGCUCUGCCAUUUCCAGCUCGAACUCCAACCUGACGGAGGCCAACGCACAGCAGAACACACACACCACCACUGGAGGGAUGUUGGAUGUGCCUUACAACCAACAACGACGGGCCAGUGACCUUGGAGUGUCGGUGGAGGCUGCGCUUGUGGAGACAAGCAGCGUAGGUAGCGUGAGAAGCAUCGCGGCCAUGUUGGAGAUGUCCUCUAUAGGGGGCGGAGCCAAGGGCAUGGCGUUGCAGAAAAAUCUUUUGCAGGUAACGUGAAAUAGUUGUUUGUUAUAUACUGUAAUUACACAAUACAAGUAAACAUAAGUAAUACACAACAAGCCAGAACAUCUUUAGUCAGUCAUGCGUUUAUGUUUUCAUCAGGUGGGGAAAACACGCGAUGCCAUUGGCCUGGACGGCGAGGUCGUGAACCGAAGACGAACCAUCAGUGGCCCCGUCAGUGAGCUUGUUGCAGCUGCCAGGCGUGACCAGCCAACCCCCUCUGCUUUACCCUCUCCCACACCCGAGUCAGAACCCCCGCUGGUCAUGGUUAACUCCUCUUCGCCCAACCCGCCAUCCUCCCCCCACCCCAGUUCGGGUGGCAGUGGAAGUUCAUCAGAGAACCUCCCAUUCGCAGACGAGGGAAGUUUGACUAUUCGCCGCCAAGGUCGAGGAGAAGGAGAGGGACAGGUAGCUAUCUAUAUAUAUGUCCUAUCUAUCUUUCUAUCUAUCUAUCUAUCUAUCUAUCUUUCUAUCUAUCUAUCUAUCUAUCUAUCUAUCUAUCUAUCUAUGCUACAUAUAUGUGUAAUGUAAAUGUAACGUGCUAAAUUAAGUGUGCUUAAUGUACUUGGACUCAUAGUGAAGCUUCUGUAUUCUGUAAGCUCUAUUUGUGUUAUUCAUUUAUAUUUGUUGUUUGAAUGUUUGUGCAAAAAUUACCUCUUAUCAUGAAUGUAUGAAUUUUCCGUUAGUGUGUAUUUUGUGUAUGUCUGCAGGGUGAUGGGGAGGGUCCCCCGGGAGACACCCAAGAGGACAUCUCCAGUGUUGAGCCUACGACUACCUUGAAGAGACGACCUCGCAGCUCCACACCCCACCCCAAUGGGACCGAUUUCACCCUCCAGGAGUCGUCCACCGUCAAGCGACGGCCCAAGAGUCGUGACAAGGAGCCUGAAGGCUAUACGGAUAUGGCUGCAGCCAACGGAGAGCUGGCGGGGACGAGGCAGCCGAACACUACCCAGCCGGUAUCCUACCAGAACGACACAGGCACAGUGAAGCGUCGCCCCGUGUCUGAUGCUGGAGUGACGGAGCAACCGCAACCUCAGCCUCAGCCUCAGCCUCAACCUCAAACUCAACCUCAACCUCAACCACAAGUGACUGCUGCUCCUCGCAGAAACAGUGCAGACCAAGGAGCUCCGGUGGGCAACGAAGGAGCCCCAGUGAGAAAACCAAAGCCUCCAGUCUCUCCAAAGCCUGUCAUGGCGCAAAUAAAGAGACAGGGAGGCCCGCAGACCCCUCCACAAACUGUCUCCAACAAGAGAGUCCCCCUGCCUGGACCUGGGACACCUGGAAGCCCAGGUACUCACACGUGUGAUUGUGUGAUAGCUGAGGGAAGGCCUGUCAUUUCAUUAAGGGGUCAGAUGUGAGAACUCAAGCCCCUCAAAACUGAUGCAUGAAAGAAUUUGCUGAAGAGUUUAAUCCAGUUUGGCACUUUUUAUGAACGUUUAAACUACCUAGGCUGUGGACCGGUAAAAGUCAGAAACAAAAAUGGCAUAAACUCCACUCCUGUGGAGUCAAUGAUUAAAACCAUCAAUCUAACACUAAUCUCACUGCAAUUGACCUAAAAAGCAAGUUUAGACUACUGAACAGGGUAUCCAUGGGAUCUUAAAAGGUCCUAAAACAUCUAAUAUCCAAUCAUUUGAAUUUAAAGCCUUAAAAUAUCUAAAAUCCUCUUAAAAUCUCAUAAAAUGUCUUAAAACGAUUUUGAAAGGUCUUAAAAAUCUAUUAAUUUUACAAAUAAAUUACCUUCCAUAAGUAAUGUAAGUAAUUUAAAAUGUUCCAAUUUCCCUUCAUAUCUACUUUUUUGCCUGUAUGGAUGUUAAUUUGGUUCUAAAAUGUUUUCAUUACAGUCUUAAAAAGUCUUAAAUUUGACUUGUUGAAACCUGCAGAGACCCUUUAAAACCUUUUAUGUAGUGAGAUGAUCCAACCAGGUUCAACAACGACAAUGCUAUGGUAACAAGUAAAAAGUUCCUCUGAUAGAAACAUCACAAAGAGAUAAUCUUAUUUGUACCCAUGUGAUGUCACCAGGAGGCCCAAAAAAUCUAGAUAGAGAAGGAGACAAAGAAAGAGAAUUAAGCAGAUGUGUUGAUAUCGAUCAGUCAGUAGAUCAUUCAUAGAGAAUUCACAACAAAAAGUUAGCAGUGACUUGUGUUUGACUCCAUGAUUUGUUACUUCAGCUGUUGAGAAACCCUCACAGUGAUCCAGCUUUGAUGUUUUUUCUCUUUCUCCAUCUUUUAAGUGGAAGGAAAGAAGAUUCCUCCGCCUGUCUCGCCCAAACCUACACCCCCGCCCAUGGCGCCAAAACCAGCCAAGCUAAUCCACUCCAUGACCAGCCCCCCUUCUCCGACCCCAGCCCCUGCUCCUAUCAAGCACUCUGUGGUGGCCAGACAGACCAGUUCUCCGCCCAAUUUUCCGCCUUCCAACAUCCCGAGUCCGCCGAACGCCAAGCCUCUGAGCCCGUCUUCCCAGAGUCCCCACACCCCGCAGACCCCAACUACACCGCAAACGCCCCAGACUCCUGCAACUCCUAGUCCAACCCCACCACCAGUCAAGCCUCCCCGCUCCUCCAUAGGGGGUGUGUCGGUGGAUAGCGGGAUGACAGGGGGUGGAGUCACGGCGCCGCCCCCUCCAACAACGGACUUUGGUGUGGAUUCUUUGGUGCACCAGAAACUGGAGGAGACGAGUGCGUCCCUUGCUGCUGCUCUUCAGGCUGUGGAGGAUAAGAUACUGCGGCAGGAGGAGUAAGGACGGCACCAACACAUGAACACAUAUUAUCAAUCAAUCAAUCAAUCAAUCAAACUUUACUUUUAAAGCACUUUUCAUACAUAGAAUGUUGCACAAAAUUUUGUCGAUUCGCGCAGGAUAUUUAAAAACAAUGAAAUUAAAUAAAUAAAAAUACAAAUACCAAACCCCACCCAUUCAACACAUACAGCACUCACACACACUCUCACACACACACACACAGAUGCACGCUCAGGAGACCAGAUGAGUGAGGAAACGCUAUCUUGAGUUAAAAAAAGAUGAGGAAACACUGGAUCUAGGACUAAAAUGUUAAAACCAUGAUAAAUUAUAAUAAAGGUGAUAAAACGUUAAAAGUUAAUUAAAUAAAAGUCUUAAAAAAAAAAGUGGAUUAAAAAAAAGAGGUAAUAAAACCCAAAAUGAUUACUCAAGGACUAAAAUAGCUUUUAAAAGAUUAAAAUAAAAUUCAACUAAAAGCCAGACUAAAAAAGUUUGUCUUAGUUUACUUUUAAAAAUAUGAACAUUAGGUGUCACUCUCACGUCUGCAGGUAGGCUGUUCCACAGAUGGGGACCAUAAUGUUGGAACGAUCAUUCACCAUAUGUUUACGUUUUUAUUUUGGGGACAAUUAAAAGACCACCACCUGAAGACCUGAGGGUUCUACUAGGUUCAUACAGUAAAAGCAAAUCAGACAAAUAAGGACCAAGACCAUUAAGAGCUUUAAAAACUAAUAAAAGAACCUUAAAAUCUACUCUUUCAGACUUUCUAGGUCUGAAUUUUGUAGACGCUGAAGCUGUGAAAUGUUCUUUUUAGGAAAACCAGAGAGGAGAGAAUUGCAAUAGUCAAUUCUGCAGGUGAUAAAAGCAUGAAUAAGAGUCUCUGCACUGGCUUGAGAGAGAAACUGGCGCACUCUGGAGAAGUUCUUCAAAUGAUAAAAUGCCUUUUUGGUAACAUCUCGUAUGUGUGGCUCAAAACGAAGGUUUAAAUCAAGUAUAACACCCUGAUUUUUUACUUCUUUGUAUGGAUUAAAAGCUGGAGCUGGGAGUUUCUCUCUCUGUUGACCUGUACCAAGAACUAAAACCUGAGUUUUGUCCUGAUUUAGCUGCAAAAAGUUGUCUGCCAUCCAGGACUGGACGUCUAAAAUACAAUCAAAAAGGACAUCUCACACUCUUACACUCUUACACAUAUUACACUCUCACAACUCACUAAUGCCUUUAUGCUAUCGCUAAAGCUCAAACAUGUAUCAAAGCCAGGCUGAUCUGCUCACCCUACUCUGCUUUGACUAAUAUUGAACUCUUAGACCCCCUGUGUAAAGGGCUAGUCUUAGGAAAGGACACACACUUCACACAGUCAACAUUAUUAUUGUUAUAUUUCCCUUUGGUUUGUUUAACGUUGUGAGUCUCUCCGUGUCUUUGUGUAUCUACAGCUCUGUGGCCGAGCAGAAGACCACGGUUAGCAUCCUUGACGACAUCGGCAGCAUGUUCGAUGACCUGGCCGACCAGCUGGACGCCAUGUUGGAGUAA